CUCAGCCUUUCGCUGAGGCGAGCCGAGUGUCCUCCAGAGCGCGUGCGCGGCAGCCGAUAGAGCGCGCGCAUUUCUUUCGCGGAGGCGAGUGUCCUUCAGAGCGCAUGCGCGCCAGCAGACGGAGCGCGCGCAUUUCCUUAGGUGAGGCGCCGAGUGUACUCCAGUGCGCAUGCGCGCCUCCCAAUCUACUGCAGUGUGUUGGCUUUCUCGCGGAGGAGGGAUACACGCGAACGCCCUCGGUUCUUGGCAGCCGUUUCGGCUUCUCUAGCCCUGGAUACUUCGGCGUCUCGCCUCCCUUCUUCUUUUCAAUUUCUCAUCCGGCGGCAGAGAAGCGCGCCGCCCCCCCCCGAGGCGCGGGAAGCGGUGGGACUACAUUGUCGAAAGGAGAUCCGGUCCGCCUAGCGCUUUUCUCCGCGCGCGCCCCGACCGCCAUUUCGCAAGUUGCCGCUGCCGCUGCCGGACGGGGAGCUGAGUCGCCGGAGCCAUGGCAGCCUCCGUGGGCAACGUUGCCGACAGCACAGGUACUGGAGGAGAAGGAGGUGCUUAGCCCCUCAGGGGAGAGCCACGAGGCGCGCGCGAGUCCCCGGAUGUGACGGAGGUCUUUCCCCUCAGGCGGCCGGCCUGGGCCCGGUAGGCCCGAGCGCCUUUUGGGCUCCGAAAGGGCGCAGAGCGGCGAAGGAGCCUCUCCGUCGGGGUCGGACUGAGGAGGAGGAGGAGGCCGGGGGGGGGGGGAAGGUACGCAGGCUUGGCUCCCGACGGGGAGAGGGCCGGCCCGCGGUGGGGGGUGUGGCGGGUGGCGCCGCCUUGGCUACCCCCGGAGGCUGAGGCCCUCCAGCUGUUUUGGGACUACACCUCCCAUCAUCCCUAGCUAACAGGACCAGUGGCCAGGGAUGCUGGGAAUUGUGGCCUCAAAUCAUCUGGAAUUCGCCUAUGCCUGGUCUAGUGACAACCACAACAACAAUUGAUGGUGAUGAUUAUAAAUUAAUUAUUUAUACCCCGCCCAUCUCCUUUUUAAAAAUAAUAAUAUUUUUUAUUCAUUUGACAUACAGUCACAUUGCAUGACCUCAUGUCCUCGUAUCAAAUCUCUUUGGCUCUGCUGAGCAUCCCUUCCACCCGAUGGUUUUUACAAACUUCCAUUUUACCUUCUAUGCAUUUCACGUCCUUUCCUAUUCUUGUGAUGUCAUUCCCGAAGUUAUUCCAUUAUGCAUCCUGAAUUCCAUCCCAGUUUCUUCCGGCAAAUCUUCAGAUCACCCUGCUAAUGAUGUUGAUUGCUUACAGUUGUCUUUCAAAUGUAAUGUAAAUUUAUUCCAGUCUUUGUGGAAGGCUUGCUGGUUCUGGAUUCUUCCCCGUCAGUUUCACCUAUACCAGGCAUGGCCAAACUUGACCCUCCAGCUGUUUUGGGAUUAUAAUUCCCAUCAUCCCUGACCACUGGUCCUGUUAGCUAGGGAUGAUGGGAGUUGUAGUCCCAAAACAGCUGGAGGGCUGAGUUUGGGGAUGCUUAACCUAUACCCUGCCCAUCUGGCUGGGUUUCCCCAGCCACUCUGGGCGGCUCCCAGCAAAAUAUUAAAAUACCCAUUUUGUCUGGCUGCAAAUCUUACUUUUUAGGGGAUCAUCUUCUUUUCACUAAGCCAAAUAAAUAGGAGUAGGAGAGGCGCUCUUGCUUCUUUCCGCUCUCUUAUUGUUUGCUCUCUCUCUCUUUCACGCAUGUUUUGACGCGGGUGAUGCACAAAGAGAGCCUGUGUUGAGUUCACUUUGCCUAUAGAACCUAUGCCCAGUAGGCCUGAAAGAACGUCUCCACCCUGGAGGCCAGGGUUCCUUUCCAGAGGGCCUUUCCAGGGAACCAGGCAGAGGGCCUUCUUGGUGUUGGCCACCCGCCCUGUGGAAUGCCCUCCCAUCAGAUGUCGAGGAAAUCAAGAAUUAAAGAAAUUGGGGGGAAAUACAGUCUUAUACACGGAAAAAUACAGUCACUAGGCUGGGUAGCAGCUGUUUGUUGGGGUGGGCGGGCAACCUCUGUGCCUAUCUGCAGCCCUGGAACCCAGCUUGACCAAACCACCCCCUGGGGCAAAUAGAUAAGCAGAUUUACACUUCUUAGAUCUGCUCAUCUGGGGUUGCUGGUUCACCCCCCCCCCCAAAAAAAUCUGAAUAUCCUAAAUUACCUGGCUGAAGACUGUUGGUUUAUUGAGGAAAGACAGUUGCACAAUCUAGUCCAGGGAUCAGCAAACUUUCUAAGCUGACGGCCGGUCUACUGUUCAUCAGACCUGGGGGAGGGGGGACUAAAAAAAAUUUUGGGGGUGGGGAAUGAACGAAUUCCUAUGCCCCACAAAUCACCCAGAGAUGCAUUUUAAAUAAAAAGACACAUUCUAUUAAUGUAAAAACAUGCUAAUUCCCGGACAGUCCACAGGCCAAAUUGAGAAGGUGAUUGGCCUGGAUCCAGCCCCUGGGCCUUAGUUUGCCUACCCAUGAUCUAGUAUUUGGAUACCAUUAGUGUUUGUUUUUUCUCUCCACCCCAAGCUGCACCUCUUUGUUCCUACCUCUAUUGUGGACCGGCAAAGCGGGAUGGAAUUUUUUUACCGUUUUGUUAUUUUCCUUAGAGAAAUUUCCAUUUCUAAAAAUGCAUUGCUUUGUAAAGAGGAAGUAGAAUGAAUGGAUGUCAACCACAUGAGGCAGUUCAGAUUCACUUUUUGGAGAUCAUUAUCCACAGCAAGCAUGUACUGUAUAGUGCUGUACGAAACUCAGGUGUUCUCAGCUCCUAGUAGAUUUGGGGCACUGGAAAACCUUUGCAUUCAAAAUUUCCCAGAAAACUCAGAUUAAUCACCUUCUAUUUUGGAAAUGUACGUCCAGGUUUCUUUCCUUUAAUUUUUUUGGGGCCCCCCAGGAGAGUGGGGCCCUAAGUUAGAGCUUGUUUAGCUUAUAUGUAAAUCCAGCACUGGCAUAGAGAAAGAAAUAGAUAAGAUAGAUGAUAGAUAAAUAAUAGAUUGAUAGAUAGAUUAAAUAGAUGAUUGAUGAUAGAUAGAGGGCCGGAUUUAGGUUUGAUGAGGGCCUAAGCAACUGAAGGUAAUGGGGCCCUUUCUGUGUCCAGCUGUCCUUUGUCAACAACAAAUUGUUGCUGUUUUUUGUGUUGAAUACAUGCUGUAUGGUAACUUAUGGACCUGAUAGGUAUCUAAAGCCAUUUGCACAUCACAAAUAGGAGCCGACACACCACCAAGCACUGUUGUUGUGUGUCAGUUUUAUUUUAUUCGUUUUUUAUCUUAUAUUUUGGAAAUGUACAUCCAGGUUUUUUUCCUUUAAUUUUUUGGGGGCCCCCAAGAGAGGGGGGCCCUAUGCUAGAGCUUGUUGAGCUAAUACGUAAAUCCGGCCCUGGGUGGUUUACUUGCAAAGGCCCUAUGUAGGUAGUGUGACAUGUGAAUGUGAUGUAGUCUAAAUCUCAGCUCAUACUCGAGUGCUGUGCCUGGUCAUUGGCAGCACAAGAAAAUAAAAAAAUAGGUCCACGCAGUUGAAAUUCAGCUCUAGGUGUCAACCUGCUCUGCUGAUCUUGUUUACUGACCUCGUAAUAAGUAGCCGGCUUGAAAGGAAAAUUACAGAGAAGUCGAUGUUGUGCAAGAUUACAUCCAGCCUGAAUGAUAGAGGUGAUGGUCCUAACUCCUUAAGAAGCCAUCUGCUCAUUGCAUAUUCUCAUUUAACUACAGCAGGCUUCCUCAAACUCGGCCCUCCAGAUGUUUUUAGCCCACAACUCCCAUGAUCCCUAGCUAGCAGGACCAGUGGUCAGGGAUGAUGGGAAUUGUAGUUUCAAAACAUCUGGAGGGCCAAGUUUGAGGAAGCCUGAACUGUAGUGUGUGGUUCCUUUGGUUUUUGAACAAAAGAAACAGACAUAUUUGAAACACAGUUGCAGUCAGGGGUUCCACAAAGCCCCUCCCAGGAGCAGCAGAGAAUAUAGGUAUAAUAAUCGUAAUAAUAAUUUAUUAUUUCUACCCUGCCCAUCUGGCUGGGUUUCCCCAGCCAUUCUGGGUGGCUUCCAGCAGAAGAUUAAAAAGACCGUAUUUUUUGCUCCAAAGGCGCACCUAGUUUUUUUUUGGGGGGGGGAUAAAAAAAAAACCCCCAGCCCCAAAGAGCAAAGAAGCCAAGACAGCGAGCAGGAUCCAUCCUGCUCGCUGUCUUGGCUUCCUCUUUAGCCGUGCGCAACCUCUCCAGCCGGGAGAGGCUGCGCGAGCUUGCAGGGCUGGGGGCGAGGGAAGCACGAGCUUCCCCCGACCCCAAAACGGGUCGGGGAGCGGCAACCUUGCCUUUGCUCCCAGAGCUUGUGGGGCUGGGGACUUCAGGCUUGUGGAUAGCUGCCUGAAGCCCGGGGAGCACAGCGGGAGUUGAUGCUGCGCUCCCCAGGCUGCAGGCUGCCAUCCACAAGCCUUCGGAGCCUGGCGGGAACUCCUACCGCACUCAGAAGUCUUGCGGAUAGCUGCCUGAAGCCCGGGGAGUGCAGUGGGAGUUGGCGCUGCGCUCCCCGGGCUUCAGGCUGCUAUCCGCAAGUCUUCGGAGCUCUCCAAAGGCUUGCGGAUAGCUGCCUGGAGAGCUGCCUGGAGAGCGAGAGGUGUCGGUGCGCACCGACCCCUCUCGCUCUCCAGGCUUCAGCGAAAGCCUGCAUUCACUCCAUAGGAUGCGUGUGCGCGCACACACACAUUUCCCCUUCAUUUUUGGAGGGGAAAAAGUCUGUCCUAUAGAGCGAAAAAUACGGUACAUUAAAACAUCAGUCACUUAAAACUCAAAGGGUGGGGAUUGAUGUCCCUUUACAUUGCCUGGAAGAAAGAGACGAGUUGGUGGUCAGUAUUUGCUAUAUGUCCUAAUGUCAACCACUAGAACUUUUUGAUCUUGGUUGGAAAACGGUUCAAAGUGUCCAAACGAAAAAUUCUGUGUAUACAGGCAAUUCUCAACUUAGCUUGGGGGUUACGUUUGCUCAAACGGCAUCUUGUGAAUCCACCUUGGGGACGAUGGAGAGUGGGAUCGCCAAAGGCACAUGGCCCUUUAAUUUUUUUUAAUUCCGGGAAGUUUUAAAUGACUGAUAUUUAAAAGUAUUUUUAAUCUUUUGUUGGAAGCUGUCCAGAGUGGCUUACUAUUAUUAGCCAAGCAUGUCAAGCUGAAUGUGUGCAGGUGAAAUGUGCGUCAGCUGUGAGUUACAUCUUUUAUGGCAAAAGUCUGCUUCAGAGUAUAUGAUGAAGUGUGUAUUACACAUGAAAGCUCAUACCUUGAAAGCUUAUGUUUAGUUGAUCUUUAAGGUUGCCUACCCCUGCUCUUAUUAUUGACAAGUGGAGGAAGGUUUUCUUUUUGGAGUGAUAAAAUGUGUUUUAUUUGCAGAAAGGUUCAACCUUGCUGGCAUCCUCUUAAUAUUGACAAUGGGGAGGAAGGCUUCAUUUUUGGAAUAAUAACUUUUCAGAGUCCUUUUUACAGUUCUAUCUAAAAUGACUGAUUUGGUUCUACUAUUAGAAAUACAUAGACCAAUAAUUAUGAUGAGGAACCAAAUCAUGGUGAGGUUUCAUGAGUUAAUGGUUUAUAUUUGGACAACUUUUCUGCUGUACUUGAUUGGAAGGAGAGAAAAACAUUUCCUUCAUAACAAUUUAAACAACUAAAAAAUAACAUGGUAGCAUAUGUAUCCAUGUUUGUUAACUGAUGCGGUUAACUUUUUUUAAAAAUAAAAACAACAACAACCUUAGACUGAGUUUUAGCACACAUGAAAAUCUUAAAACAAAUCCUUAUUUCCUUCAGUCUAAGUUUAUAGCCUUUGGACUAUGACUUAAAUAGAAAACUAUCUUCAGAAAGAUUUUUCCUCCAAAAGCAUUUUAUUUUAAAAGUCUGAUUUUUAUUUUAUUUUUUAAAUCAUUGAUUUUUAUCUACCCUGAGUAGGAGCAGUUGCCCUUAAGAAAAAGAGGCUGGAAUGGGCCUGUAUAUAUAUGGCUUUUUUUCUUUCAAUUCUCAAAGAUCUUCACCUAGCUCAAGAUUGUCAUCUGAACAAGCCAAAUGUUCAGCUCAGAAUCAAUCACUGUCAAUCCAUCGUUUGAAAAAUAAGACUUUGGAGCCUUUUUGCCCCCAAAUGAGAACUAGACGUUCCGAUUUGUUGACUGCAACUUUGGUCUAAGGAGCCAUUUGGCGCCUAGCUUAUAUAUCUGAGUUUCGAACACUAUCUGGUUUAGUAUCAAAUUGGUUGGGGUGGGCUGUAUGUUCAGAUUCCUGAAUUUUGGCAUUUGGACUAGAGGACUCUUCCAACUCUAGAAUUCUAGGAUUUUAUGGCACUGGAAGGGAUUGAAUGAAAUGAAAGGUGACUGAUCCUUUUGACCAUGGGUAGGCAAACUAAGGGCCAGGGGCUGGAUGCGUCCUAAUCACCUUCUCAAUCCUGCCAUCGGAUGGUCAGUGUGUGUACAUGAGUAGAAUGUGUGCUUUUCUUUAAAAUGCAUCUCUGGGUGAUUUGUGGUGCCUGCUUGGUGUUUUUGACAUGAGUAGAACAUGUGCUUUUAUUUAAAAUGCAUUUGUGGGGCAUAGGAAUUUGUUCAUUCCCCCCCCCCCAAAUAUAGUCCUGCCCACCACAUGGUCUGAGGGACAGUGGACCAGCCCCCUGCAGAAAAAAGUUUGCUGAUCCCUGAUAUAAGCAUUUAAUCAAGCACAGUUGUCUUUUGUGUUUACUUGGGGAGUUCGACUUAUCCCAGAGUUUCACUCACAAAAUUGAGUCAAAUGAAGCUUUCAAAUCGAUGAAGGCUGCGUAAAGCCCACCACACAGUUUCUUAGCAUACUUUUCUAUGAGAUGUGCAGCAGCAGCAGCAGCAACAACAACAAUUUAUUAUUUCUACCCCACCCAUAUGGCUCAGUUUCCCCAGCCCAGACUCAGGCCCAGUUCAUAAUAAUAAUAAUAAUUUAUUAUUUCUACCCCACCCAUCAUUCCCUCCCCCCCCCAAAAAUAUAGUCCGGCUCCCCACAAGGUCUGAGGGACAGUGGGCCGGCCCCCUGCUGAAAAAGUUUGCUGACCGCUGGUGUAGCCUGUAUGGCUUCCCCAGCUGCCUACAUGCAGCUCAUUCCUGUUGCCCUCUUCCCAAUGCUUCUAUGUCAAAGAAGGUCAGAAGGCGCCCAACAUGAUCGCGCCUUCCUUCCACCAGAUUAUACCUUAAAGCGGGCUUCCUCAAACUUGGCACUUCAGAUGUUUUUGGCCUACUACUCCCAUCAUACCUAGCUUGCAGGACCAGCAGUCAGGGAUGAUGGGCACUGUAGUCUCCAAACAGCUGGAGGGCCAAGUUUGGCUGCCACUGCUCUAGAUCAGGCAUGGCCCAACUUGGCCCUCUAGCUGUUUGGAGACUACAACUCCAAUCGACCCUAGCUAACAGGACCAAGGGUCAGGGAUGAUGGGAAUUGUAGUUUGCUGACCCCUGCUUUUGACAUAUAGCUGAUCUGUUUGUGCUCGCCUGGCAGACCCCCUUAGGGUUUUGCAUCACGCCAAGCAUUUCACCUUUUUAUUUGCACACUGCCAUCUGUCCUCUUUUGCCUCCCCUCUUCUAACUUUUUGUUUCCCCCCUCCAAAUGUCUUGGUGAUCCUUCAGAACCAACAAAACGUCUGCUUUCCUUCCAAGGGCUGGCAGAGUUGGCUCACCGGGAGUACCAGGCAGGAGACUUUGAAGCGGCUGAGAGGCACUGCAUGCAACUGUGGAGACAGGAGCCCGACAACACCGGCGUCCUGUUGCUGCUCUCAUCCAUUCACUUCCAGUGUCGCAGGCUGGACAGGUAGGAGGUUGGGGCCUUUCAAAGUAAUAAUAAUAAAACCAUAAUACAUUUCAUUUGUAUCCCACCCUCCCCUGCCGAAACUGGGCUCAGAGUGGCUAUCAGGCAUCCUCAACCUCAGCCCUCAGAUGUUUUUUGGCCUACAACUCCCUAGUUAGCAGGACCAGUGGUCAGGGAUGCUGGGAAUUGUAGUUUCAAAACAGCAGGAGGGCCGAGGUUGAGGAACCCUGGGCUAACAUCAUAGAAAUAAUAAAAUAAAAUAAAUGGUCCAGUGGCACCUUAGAGACCAACUCAGUUUGUUCUGGGUCUAAGCUUUACGUCGGCAUGUGCCCUUCUUCAGAUACACAGAAACCGAAGUCUAGUAUGAAAGAGGCCUCCCAGCGUUCUCACAGGUCCAUAUAAGAGCAGCGCAAACAGUUGGGCCUGACGAGCGUUUACUGUUCCCAACCCUAAUCCUGCGGAAAGCCAUCUAAUUGGAUUUGAAUUUGAUCCUGACUUGUUUUCAGGAGAUAAUUUCGUUAUUGCUUGAUUUUAUACCAGUGUUACAUAUUUGGUGUUAGCCUCCCUGAGCCCAGGUUCGGACGGGGAGGGCGGCAUACAAAUAAAAGUUUAUUAUUUAUUAUUAUUAACCAGACCCUGAUAGAUAGUGGGAGGGUGGGGCAGGGUUUUUCCCCAAAGGGGAGUAGGACUCAAUGGGUACAGUCAACCUGUGGGCAACUGUAAACGACUGCAAUUAGUCCGAUAGGAAAAUGCAAGGGAGAGUAUGCAGAUGACCAAAAAUAGCCAAAGAUAAAUAAAAAAAAUAAAAAAAUUGUCCAGUAGCACCUUAGAGACCAACUCAGUUUGUUCUUGGUUGAAGCUUUCGUGUGCAGGCGCCCUUCUCUAGAUACAGUGAAACAGAAGUCCCCAGACUUGAUAUGUAGUGGGAGGGUGGGGUGGGGUAUUUCUCAGAAGGGUAAUAGGAGAUGGGUGAUUUUAUAGUUCCCAAAAGGAAACCUUCCUCUGCUUGUCCAUAUUGAGAGGAUGCCAGCAAAGCUGAACCUUUUCCUAAAAAAGGAUUACAGACCUGUGCCUCCAUGAUUGACAUCUUCUUAAUACUUGUAGUCAAUAAUAAUAACAACACUUGGCUGUUGUGCGCAGGCAGACCUCUUCAGAUACACUGAAGCGGAAGUCCCCAGACCCUGAUAUAUUGUGGGAGGAGAAGUACCCAGACCCUUAUAUAUAGAGGAAGGGGAGUCCCCAGACCCUGAUAUAUAGAGGGAGGGGAGUCCCCGGACCCUGAUAUAUAGAGGGAGGGAAGUCCCCGGACCCUGAUAUAUAGUGGGAGGAGACGUACCCAGACCCUUAUAUAUAGUGGGAGGGGAGUCCCCAGACCCUGAUAUAUAGAGGAAGGGGAGGCCCCGGACCCUGAUAUAUAGAGGGAGGAGAAGUACCCAGACCCUUAUAUAUAGUGGGAGGGGAGUCCCCAGACCCUGAUAUAUAGAGGGAGGGGAGUCCCCGGACCCUGAUAUAUAGAGGGAGGAGAAGUACCCAGACCCUUAUAUAUAGUGGGAGGGGAGUCCCCAGACCCUGAUAUAUAGAGGGAGGAGAAGUACCCAGACCCUUAUAUAUAGUGGGAGGGGAGUCCCCAGACCCUGAUAUAUAGAGGGAGGGGAGUCCCCGGACCCUGAUAUAUAGAGGGAGGAGAAGUACCCAGACCCUUAUAUAUAGUGGGAGGGGAGUCCCCAGACCCUGAUAUAUAGAGGAAGGGGAGUCCCCAGACCCUGAUAUAUAGAGGGAGGGGAGUCCCCGGACCCUGAUAUAUAGAGGGAGGAAGUCCCCGGACCCUGAUAUAUAGUGGGAGGAGACGUACCCAGACCCUUAUAUAUAGUGGGAGGGGAGUCCCCAGACCCUGAUAUAUAGAGGAAGGGGAGUCCCCGGACCCUGAUAUAUAGAGGGAGGAGAAGUACCCAGACCCUUAUAUAUAGUGGGAGGGGAGUCCCCAGACCCUGAUAUAUAGAGGGAGGGGAGUCCCCGGACCCUGAUAUAUAGAGGGAGGAGAAGUACCCAGACCCUUAUAUAGUGGGAGGGGAGUCCCCAGACCCUGAUAUAUAGAGGGAGGGGAGUCCCCGGACCCUGAUAUAUAGAGGGAGGAGAAGUACCCAGACCCUUAUAUAUAGUGGGAGGGGAGUCCCCAGACCCUGAUAUAUAGAGGAAGGGGAGUCCCCAGACCCUGAUAUAUAGAGGGAGGGGAGUCCCCGGACCCUGAUAUAUAGAGGGAGGGAAGUCCCCGGACCCUGAUAUAUAGUGGGAGGAGAAGUACCCAGACCCUUAUAUAUAGUGGGAGGGGAGUCCCCAGACCCUGAUAUAUAGAGGGAGGGGAGUCCCCAGACCCUGAUAUAUAGAGGGAGGGAAGUCCCCGGACCCUGAUAUAUAGAGGGAGGGGAGUCCCCGGACCCUGAUAUAUAGUGGGAGGAGAAGUACCCAGACCCUUAUAUAUAGUGGGAGGGGAGUCCCCAGACCCUGAUAUAUAGAGGAAGGGGAGUCCCCGGACCCUGAUAUAUAGAGGGAGGGGAGUCCCCGGACCCUGAUAUAUAGAGGGAGGGGAGUCCCCGGACCCUGAUAUAUAGAGGGAGGGAAGUCCCCGGACCCUGAUAUAUAGUGGGAGGGGAGUCCCCAGACCCUGAUAUAUAGAGGAAGGGGAGUCCCCAGACCCUGAUAUAUAGAGGGAGGGGAGUCCCCGGACCCUGAUAUAUAGAGGGAGGGAAGUCCCCGGACCCUGAUAUAUAGUGGGAGGAGACGUACCCAGACCCUUAUAUAUAGUGGGAGGAGUCGCCAGACCCCUAUAUAUAGAGGUAGGGGAGUCCCCGGACCCGGAUAUAUAGAGGGAGGAGAAGUACCCAGACCCUUAUAUAUAGUGGGAGGGGAGUCCCCGGACCCUGAUAUAUAGAGGGAGGGAAGUCCCCAGACCCUGAUAUAUAGAGGAAGGGGAGUCCCCAGACCCUGAUAUAUAGAGGGAGGGGAGUCCCCGGACCCUGAUAUAUAGAGGGAGGGAAGUCCCCGGACCCUGAUAUAUAGUGGGAGGAGAAGUACCCAGACCCUUAUAUAUAGUGGGAGGGGAGUCCCCAGACCCUGAUAUAUAGAGGAAGGGGAGUCCCCAGACCCUGAUAUAUAGAGGGAGGGGAGUCCCCGGACCCUGAUAUAUAGUGGGAGGAGAAGUACCCAGACCCUUAUAUAUAGUGGGAGGGGAGUCCCCAGACCCUGAUAUAUAGAGGACGGGGAGUCCCCGGACCCUGAUAUAUAGAGGGAGGGAGUCCCCGGACCCUGAUAUAUAGAGGAGGGAGUCCCCGGACCCUGAUAUAUAGAGGAGGGAAGUCCCCGGACCCUGAUAUAUAGUGGGAGGAGUCCCCAGACCCUGAUAUAUAGAGGAAGGGAGUCCCCGGACCCUGAUAUAUAGAGGGAGGGAGUCCCCGGACCCUGAUAUAUAGAGGAGGGAAGUCCCGGACCCUGAUAUAUAGAGGAGGAGAAGUACCCAGACCCUUAUAUAUAGUGGGAGGGGAGUCCCCAGACCCUGAUAUAUAGAGGGAGGGAAGUCCCCGGACCCUGAUAUAUAGAGGGAGGGGAGUCCCCGGACCCUGAUAUAUAGAGGGAGGAGAAGUACCCAGACCCUUAUAUAUAGUGGGAGGGGAGUCCCCAGACCCUGAUAUAUAGAGGGAGGGAAGUCCCCGGACCCUGAUAUAUAGAGGGAGGGGAGUCCCCGGACCCUGAUAUAUAGAGGGAGGGAGUCCCUGGACCCUGAUAUAUAGAGGGAGGAAGGCCCCGGACCCUGAUAUAUAGUGGGAGGAGACGUACCCAGACCCUUAUAUAUAGUGGGAGGGGAGUCCCCAGACCCUGAUAUAUAGAGGAAGGGGAGUCCCCAGACCCUGAUAUAUAGUGGGAGGGGAGUCCCCGGACCCUGAUAUAUAGAGGGAGGGAAGUCCCCGGACCCUGAUAUAUAGUGGGAGGAGAAGUACCCAGACCCUUAUAUAUAGUGGGAGGGGAGUCCCCGGACCCUGAUAUAUAGAGGGAGGGGAGUCCCCGGACCCUGAUAUAUAGAGGGAGGGGAGUCCCUGGACCCUGAUAUAUAGAGGGAGGGAAGUCCCCGGACCCUGAUAUAUAGAGGGAGGGGAGUCCCCGGACCCUGAUAUAUAGAGGGAGGGGAGUCCCUGGACCCUGAUAUAUAGAGGGAGGGAAGUCCCCGGACCCUGAUAUAUAGUGGGAGGAGACGUACCCAGACCCUUAUAUAUAGUGGGAGGGGAGUCCCCAGACCCUGAUAUAUAGAGGAAGGGGAGUCCCCAGACCCUGAUAUAUAGAGGGAGGGGAGUCCCCGGACCCUGAUAUAUAGAGGGAGGGGAGUCCCCGGACCCUGAUAUAUAGUGGGAGGAGAAGUACCCAGACCCUUAUAUAUAGUGGGAGGGGAGUCCCCAGACCCUGAUAUAUAGAGGAAGGGGAGUCCCCAGACCCUGAUAUAUAGAGGGAGGGGAGUCCCCGGACCCUGAUAUAUAGAGGGAGGGGAGUCCCCGGACCCUGAUAUAUAGAGGGAGGGGAGUCCCCGGACCCUGAUAUAUAGAGGGAGGGGAGUCCCCGGACCCUGAUAUAUAGAGGGAGGGGGAGACCCCGGACCCUGAUAUAUAGAGGGAGGGGAGUCCCCAGACCCUGAUAUAUAGACGGAGGGGAGUCCCCAGACCCUGAUAUAUAGAGGGAGGGGAGUCCCCGGACCCUGAUAUAUAGAGGGAGGGGAUUCCCCGGACCCUGAUAUAUAGAGGGAGGAGAAGUCCCCAGACCCUGAUAUAUAGAGGGAGGGUGGGGCGGGGGUUUUCUCCAAAGGGUAGUAGGACUCAGUGGGUAUGGUCAACCUGUUGGCAACUGUGAACGACUGCAAUUAGUCCUGCAGGAAAAUGCAAGGGAUGGUUUGCAGAUGACCAAAAAUAGCUUUAGCUUAUGCAAUGAGACAAGAAUCCAAUAUUUCUAGUCAGACCAGGUCUCUCCAUAGUUUUCAGUUUAGUAAUAAGUUGCAAUUCAGCAAGUUGUAAACUCCAUAAUUUGCCGUUUAGUGAUAAGUUGACUUAUCAUUAAACUGCAAACUAUGGAGAGACCUGGUCUUAAUAGAGAUAUUGGAUUCCUGUCUCAUUACAUGUGCUAAUCAUUUGCAUACUAUUCCUUGCUUUCUCCUGUAGGACUAAAGUGGUACCUCAGGUUAAGAACUUAAUUUGUUCUGGAGGUCCAUCCUUAAGCUGAAACUGUUCUUAACCUGAAGUACUGUGUCCAAAUUAACAAAAAUUUUGUCAAAGAGAUGUAAAACAGCAAGAAUUGUCUCAAAAUCACAUGAUUGCCUCAAGAUAUCCAACUGGUGUGGGAUUAUUUGUAUGUUGUGUGUAUCAGUUAUUAUGUAGGAAUGCUAAAAUGUGUCUGACAGUAUGUCAUUUCCACAUACAUUUCCACAUUUCCAAUUAUUGUGUGUAAUUGUUUUUAUGUUCAGUGUAUGGUGUCUUAUUGUUUACACCCCAGUGGAGGAUUCUCGUGCAUUUUAUGCUUUCUAAUAGAUCAGGCUAUUGCGUAGUCCAAUAUUAUGACCACAUUUCCUUGUCCCACCUGGCACUUUGCCAACCUUCCCUACCCAUUUUUAAACGGGUUAAAACUCGCUUUACCAAGGAGAAGCUUCAGGAUCCAUGAAACACCAGAUUCAUGAAGGCAUAUAUGUCUUGGUUUAGCAGGAAUGAUCCCUUAUAGAGUUAAAUUGACUAAUUUGGACAAGUACCCUUUUUCCGGAAUAGUGUUUUUUGUUUGUUUGUUUGUUUGUUUUACAGAUUGAUUUGAAAAGUUGAAACCAUGGGGCUAUAUAAAUUCUAAUUGGACUCAGUUUGAAUAAGGCAAGUGUAUCCAGGCUGCAAGGGGACAUGGGUGGCGCUGUGGGUUAAACCACAAAGCCUAGGACUUGCCGAUCAGAAGGUCGGUGGUUCGAAUCCCCGCGACGGGGUGAGCUCCCGUUGCUCGGUCCCUGCUCCUGCCAACCUAGCAGUUCGAAAGCACCUCAAAGUGCAAGUAGCUAAAUAGGUACCGCUCCGGUGGGAAGGUAAACGGCAUUUCCGUGCGCUACUCUGGUUCACCAGAAGUGGCUUAGUUAUGCUGGCCACAUGACCCGGAAGCUCCCUCAGCCAAUAAAGCGAGAUGAGCGCCGCAACCCCAGAGUCGGUCACGACUGGACCUAGUGGUCAGGGGUCCCUUUACCUUUUUAUCCAGGCUGCAACUAGCUUUUUGGUCCCUGAGCAAUUUCCCAUCAGUGGAAGACAUGAGCCUUUGAUAAUAAAAUCCCAUAGAAAGGCCAAGGCAAAGACAAGGCUAUGUGGCCAAAAUGAAAGCCCUAAGGGGAUUCAUCAGGGAUUGUUGUUGCUGUGGUAUGGUGAAGCUAACUUUGACGCCUGAGAACAUGCAAAAAAGGCAGAAACAAAACAAACUGCAUUUUUCAGUCAUUAGUGGACCUUCCUGCUAAGUGUAUAAAGCAUAGACCACUAUUGAGUAAAUGUUUCUCCCAAAGUGUUAGAAUGCCACAAGUAAUUUAGUAACAAAAUGCAACAUGCGUUAUUUUUAUGUGAUAUCCUAUAUUUACACAAAGGCAUCCACUUACAACAUACCAUGUUAUUAUUUGUGGGGCAAAAAUUUUUAAGAAAAAAUUGCAUCCUCAAAGGGGGGAAUUGUUAUAAGAAUUUUAAGAUCUUAGAUAUAUAAUAAAUGUUCAUAAAUGUACCAAAGAAACAUGUACAUAAAUAUAUACACCACAUGUCUGGAGCAGCACAGGAAUACAGUCCUGAAACCGUUUUGACUCCCAAACUGACCAAAUGUUUCUCUGCAAGGAGGGAGAGGGUGAGGGAACCUUCCCAUUGUCUCAUGAGUUAAGUGAUUACCAUCUCAAAGGAAUGGCCAGACUAUCAGGAAAGGCAAUCAGAUAAGGCAUUAUCAGAUAACCUGGCAGACAGGAGAUAAACAAAGCACUCAGAUUUCUGUUGUCGACCGCCCUUUCUAUGAUGUAGGUAUGAUGUAUCUGGGGGGUGGUCUUGGGCUACACCCCUUCUGUGAUGUAUGUAUGAUGUUUCUGGGGGUGGUCUUAAGCUCCAGGGCAGGGAAUUUCAAAAUGUCUAUAUAAGGGGAGGCACACCUUUGUUCUGGGUCCUCCUCACCUCUCCUGUGUGUGAGGGGAGUACCCUGUUGCAACAGCUUUAAUAAAGAUCAGGCUUUCGAACUGCUUUACUUCUCAAUAUUCUCUCAUUGGCCUCUGUUAUUUUCUCCUACUGAUGGAAAACCUACAAAGGACUCUAUAAGGGCUCUUCUGUACCCCAUAAGGGAAUAAGGGCAGGUUUUGUUUAAAACAGUACCACUUUAGCUAAUGGGCCUCCCGCUGCUGCUGUGCCGCUACCGUGCAUUUCUGCUCUCAUCCUGAAGUAAAGGUCUUAACCCGAAGUACUAUUUCUGGGUUAGCGAAGUCUGUAACCUGAAGCGUCUGUAACCCAAGGUGCCACUGUAUUUGCAGUCCUUAACAAUCCUCAACAGGUUUACCAUACCCAUUGAGCCAAUCACCCAUCUCCUACUACCCUGACUUCUCUUUCAGUGUAUCUGAAGAAGUGUGCAUGUACACGAAAGCUCAUACCAAGAACAAACUUAGUUGGUCUCUAAGGUGCUACUGGACAAUUCUUUUUUAUUUUUAUAUAUAUUUCGACUGUGUCAGACCAACACAUCUACCUACCUGAAUCAUAUAAAGAAUACGAUAUACAUAAAAACAAGCAAUCAAACGAUUAAAAUGCAUCCUAAAAUUAAUUCAAAUAAAUUGAAAUUAAGAUUAGACUGGAUAAAUGGCAAUCCUCAGGUUAAAAUGGAAAGCGGUUAAUAUUUGCCUGGAUCAACUGUUUCCACUGAUAUUAUAAGGACCUGUGAGUGGCCUGGGAAACCUCCUUAGUGUUUGUUCUUAUACAAAGAGAAAAUGAGUCAGGCUGAACCGUGGUGGAACAGCUCCGUCUUGCAGGCCCUGCAAAAAGAUGUCAAGUCCCGCAGGGCCCUGGUCUCUUGUGAGAGAGUGUUCCACCAGGCCAGGGCCACGACCGAAAAGGUUCUGGCUCUGGUCAAGGCCAGUCUAAUCUCCCUGGGGCACGGGAUCUUCAGGGUGUUGUUAUUUGUAGACCGUAAGGUCCUCUGUGGGGCAUACCAGGAGAGGUGGUCCCAUAGGUACAAGUGUCCUAGGCCGUAUAGUAAAAGUAAAAAGUAAAGUAAAAGCCUGUUGGGAUAUGAUCUAUAACAGGGAUGUCCAACAGGUCCAGCAUGAUCUACUGGUAGACCCCCGGGAGGGUUUGUCGAUCGCUGCUAUAGCUGGGUCCCUUUCCUUUGGUAAAUUAGAUCCCUAGCUAACAGGACCAGUUGUCAGGGAUGAUGGGAAUUGUAGUCCAAAACAUCUGGAGGGCUGAAGGUUGAGGAUCCCUGUCCUAGGCCAUCUCCCCCCAUAUUCUUAAAUCUGAGUCCCCCAAAAUAGGCGUCUUAUACAGUGGUACCUCUGGUUACAAAUGCUUCCGGUUACGAACGUUUUAGGUUAUGAGCUUUGCUAACCUGAAAGUGGCUACCCCUGGUUGCGAAGUGUGCGCAGCGGGAGACCUCUUUAGUGAAAGUGUGCCUCAGGAUAAGAACGGUUUCAGCUGAAGAACAGACCUCCGGAACGAAUUAAGUUCAUAACCAGAGGUACCACUGUACGUGGGGGCGUCUUACAGACGGAAAAAUACGAUUGAUUAUCCAACAACCAACAUGAAAACAAGAUUCCAAAGAAUCUCCUGGGCUUGCCUUCUCCCCUUUGUGGGUCCUUUUGUUAACCAUUUUCUCUGGCAUAUUUUAUAAUAAUCCACAUCUUUUACAUCUCCAUUAUGUCCAGAAGUCAACAUUAAACUACAAGUGUCAUAGUCAUCCUGCUAAUGAUUUUAGGCAGGGGUCAGCAAACUUUUUCAGCCGGGGGCCGGUCCACUGUCCCUCAGACCUUGGGGGGGGGGGGGAGAACAAAUUCCUAUGCCCCACUCAGAGAUGCAUUUUAAAUAAAAGGACACAUUCCACUCAAGUGAAAACACAGUGAUUCCUGGACUGUCCAUGGGCUGGAUUUAGAAGGUGAUUGGGUCAGAUCUGGCCCCCAGGCCCUAGUUUGCCUACCCAUGAUUUUAGCUGUCUACAAUGGUUUUUAAGAUAUAGUAAAUUAUAUAUUUCCUCCAUUCCUUAUUGAAAUUUUGGUCUUCCUGUUUUCUGAUCUUCCGGUCAUUUUUGCCAAUUUGGCAUUAUUAUUAUUAUUAUUAAUAAUAAUAAUAAUAAUAUAUUUUUACCCUGCCCAUCUGACUGGGUUUCCCCAGCCUCUGGGUAGCUUCCAACAAAAGAUUAAAAAUACAUUAAAACAUCAGUCCUUCAAACCUUCCCCAAACAGGGUUGCCUUCAGAUGUCUUCUAAAUGUCCUAUAGUUGUUUAUUUCUUUGACAUGUGAUGGGAGGGCGUUCCACAGGGCAGGUGCCACCACUGAGAAGGCCCUCUGCCUGGUUCCAUCAACUUAAUCUGCCAUUCUUCUCUGCUAGGGACUUUGUCUUCUUUCUGUCUUUGGACCAUUAAGAUCCGAGCAGCUGUGGUUGCAUACAUCAGUAAUCUUUUCUGCUCCAUUGGGAUUUUGGCACCUAAUUCAGAAGGUUUUUGACAGUGUUGGUUUCAAGUGCAGGUGGAUGUGGCAGAGAGCAGAGAAAUGCAAAUAUUAAACUGAACAUUCAUCAGCUGGGUUCAACUCCUAAUGGGUUCAGAUGAAAAGAGUGGGCAUCUUGACAGGUUGCACAAAAUGCAAUUUACUUCUCCCACUGCUCAAGCAGAAUUUGUUUGCCUCAAGCCAGGAAUCAUGGUUUUGUGUGGAAGUUCUGUAGAUUUCUGUACACCAUCAAAUAAUGUGAUGGUGAUGGUACCAAAGAGGGUUGAAAGUACCUAUUAGAUAAGGCGCUUUUUAUCAUAUGUGGUAGGAAUGUAAAAUACUUAAAAACUUUUGGGAAACGAUAUAUAAUGAAUUGAAAAAAGUGUUAAAAAUGACAUUUGUUAAAAAGCGAGAAGCCUUUUUGUUAGGCAUCUCAGCUCAUGAACUACUAUAAGAGAAAUGGAACUACAAGAGAAAUGGAAAAUAUUCAUGUAUGCUAAAACAGCGGCAAGAAUUUUAUUAGCUCAAGGUUGGAAGACUGAAGAAGUACCAACGAAAGAGCAGUGGCAAGAAAAACUAAUGAACUAUGCAGAAUUAGCAAAGUUAACAGAUAAGUUGCAUGAAAAAGACAAUAGAGAUUUUAAAAAUGAAUGGGAAUCUUUUACAACCUGUUUACAAAAACAACAUAAAGAAAUGGAUUCAUUGGCAGGUUUUGAAUAAACAUUCACAAUUUUAUUUCAUUAUCAUAUGGAGGAAGAUAAGGUAACAAUGUUUAAAGCACCGUAUUUUUCGCCCUAUAGGACGCACCUGCCCAUAGGACGCACCUAGUAUUUUUUGGGGGAAAUAAAGUAAAAAAAAAUUAUUUCCCUCGGCGCGGGGCUGGGGCGGGGAAGCCCGAGCCUCCGACCCCAGCCCCCAGAACAGGCAGCUCUCCGCACGCCGUGGGACCCCCGCGCGGGGCCCCCACGGCUUGUGAAGAGCUGCGCGAAGCCUGGAGAGCGAGAGGGGUCGGUGUACACCGACCCCUCUCGCGCCCUAUGCUUCAGCGAAAGCCUGCAUUCGUCCCAUAGGACGCACACACAUUUCCCCUUCAUUUUUAGAGGGGAAAAAGUGCUUCCUAUAGGGCGAAAAAUACGGUACAUCAACAUGCAGAAAACAACACUGUCUGUAACAAACCAGAAAUGGAAGAUGAGGGAAGUUGCGGGGCGGGACAGAAUGUAAAAUGUAAAAUUGAAUAAUUGUUGAUUGUAAUUGGUUAUAAAAGAGGAAAUUUUAUAGAUAUAUAAAAACGAAAGUACCUAUUAGAUUAAAUGCCAGAUGAUAUUGUGUCUCCCCCCCCCCCCAGGUCUGCUCACUUCAGCACUUUGGCAAUCAAGCAGAAUCCGCUGCUGGCCGAAGCCUACUCAAAUCUGGGGAACGUGUACAAGGAACGGGGCCAACUGCAGGAGGCGAUCGAGCACUAUCGGCAUGCCCUGCGCCUCAAGCCGGACUUCAUUGACGGAUACAUCAACCUCGCCGCUGCUUUAGUUGCCGCAGGCGACAUGGAAGGAGCGGUGCAGGCCUAUGUCUCUGCCCUGCAGUACAACCCUGUAAGUUGAAUUCCUCCGGGAGAAGGCUGAGUCCCCUCCGAAAUCUUAAGUUGUGGUUUGAACAGUGCGAUUCCGAAAGCAAUUCCAUUUUCAGAUUCAAGAGCUUUGCAGCUGGCUCUUCUUAUUCAGAAAGGCCAAGACUCUUAGGAAGUGGGACACGGAUGGCGCUGUGGUGCAAACCACAGCCUCUUGGGCUUGCCGGUCAGAAGGUCGACCAGUCCGAAUCUCCGCAACAGGGUGAGCACCCGUCACGCGGUCCCAGCUCCUGCCGACCUAGCUGUUUGAAAGCACGUCCGAGUGCAAGGAGAUCAAUAGGCACCACUCAGGCAGGAAGGUAAACGGAGUUUCCGUGCGCCGCUCUGCUUUCACCAGAAGCGGCUUAGUCUUGCUGGCCUCAUGACCCGGAAGCUGCACACCAGAUCCCUCGGCCCGUAAAUGAAGAUGAGCGCCGCAACCCCAGAGUCGUUCGCGACUGGACUUAAUGGUCUGGGGUCCCUUUACCUUUACCUUUUAAGUCUCUUAGGUAUUCUCGAGGCUGUAGUGGUACUGCGCUGUAAUGAUUUCACCUAUGUCUAAAGGCUUGAACUCCCCUCAGUAGUUUCCUAGUCUUUUUUUGAAUCAGGUUUGCUGAUGCAUAGAAAUACGGGGUCGCUUUUGCUCUGACUGUUUGAAAGAGCGUUUUUAAACACUCUUAAACAAGUGCCCAGGUGAUGGCUUACACUGCCCAUCUAUCAUAACAAAUAACAAGAUGAAAGACAAAAAAUCUUUUUUAGUUCCAGUGGCACCUUAAGGAUCAACUAAAUACAAGGUAUGAGCUUUCAUGUGUAAUAUACACUUUGUCAGAUACUCAGAUUUUAUUUAUUUAUUUCAACUAUUAGAUGAGUUACUGGUUGUCAGAGGGCCCCGUGCCCAGUUUGCAUCAGAAGGGUGUCAAAAGCAGUCAGUUGAAGUCUCAAAAGAGUGUAAGAGGGAGGUUGCCAGAAUACAUUUCCCUAAUACGGGGUCAUUUUCAUUCAUGACUCAGGCAACCCCUAUUUGCCCCGAGGAAGAGUAUUCUGCCUUAAAAGAUGCCACAGCAUUUUCUUUCAGCGAACUGCAAGCCGUCAAAUUAAUUCCCUCUUUCCAUAAUCGUUCCCCAUCUUCUAAUUGUAUAUCAGGGGUGGCCAACUCCCAAAAGGCUGUGAUCUACUUACAGAAUUAAAAACUGGCAGUGAUCUACCCCCAUUUGGGGGGGUUGGGUCAAAGUUGUUGACCUUCUUUGGGGAAGGAAAGCCCUGUUUUGGGGGGGGGGUAACAGGUCAAAGCUCAUACCUUGAAAGCUUAUAUUUAGUUGAUCUUUAAGGUGGCACUGGAAUUAUUCAAAAAGAAUUUUUCAUCUUUCAUCCUGUAAUUUAUUAUGACUAUGACAGAUCAUAGUCAUAAUAUGACAGUGCCUGGCGUGCUCUGGUCCAUGGGGUCACGAAGAGUCGGACACGACUAAACGACUAAACAACAACAUGACAGAUCAACACGGCUGUCCACCUGAAACUGGCCAUCUAUGCUACUCUCCUUUCAUUGCUUGUGUCUUCCCCCUGUUGUUGGUACCAGUCCAGGAAGAUCAGAGUCCAUACCGCCACAUAUAUUAAUCUGGGGCAGCGCUUUGGGGGUCUUAAGUGGGGCUGACUUUGUCCCCACGUUGAAUCAACAAAGGAGUGCUACCUGCUGUGUUAUUCUUGGUGGUGUUUUCAAGACCUGUCCGUUUCCGCAAGGUUCUGAUGUUUAAAGGAACCAAGCAUACGAAGGACGAAGAUAAUGAGAGACUGUACAAUUUCUAUAUACAGUGGUACCUUGGUUCUCAAACUGAAUCCAUUCCGGAAGUCUGUUCUGAAACCAAAGCGUUCCAAAACCCAGGUGCACUUUCCCAUAGAGAGGAAUGCAAAACGGAUUAAUCCGUUCCAGACUUUGAAAAACAACCCCUAAAACCGCCAUUUCACAUGCAUUUUACUAUCUAAUGCAGAGAUGGCCUAACUUGGCCCUCCAGAUGUUUUGGGACUACAACUCUCAGGGCCCUGUACGAUCUGAUUUCUUUCCGCAGGGCGUGUAGAACAGAGUUGUUCCACCUGGCCUUUGGCUUGGAGCCAAUUUGAUUCCCUCCCCCUCUUUCUUUUUUCUUUUCCCUUUCUCCUCCUGUGAUGAGGCUGCAUUUUAAUAUUUUAAUGUUUCAAUAUUUUAAUGUGGUAUUUUAAUCUUGUUUUUAAGUUGUAUUCAUUCAACUUGUUUUUAUUAUUGCUUGUUAGCCUCCCUGAGCUGGGGAGGGCAGGGUAUAAAUAAAAACUAUUAUUAUUAUUAUUAUUAUUAUUAUUAUUAUCCCUAGCUAACAGGACCAGUGGUCAGGGAUGAUGGGAAUUGUAGUCCCAAAACAUUGGAGGGCCAAGUUUGGCCAUGCCUGAUCUAACGAGACUAUUGAUCCAUAAAAUGAAAGCAAUCAUUAAUGUUCUGUAGUAUAAAAGAAAUAAAAUACUAUCGUAGAUGAUAAAAAUUAAAAUAAUUUUUUUCUGACCUGAACUAAUGAUAGUCAUUGUUUGGAUGGGGUGCUCUGAUGCAUUUCUGCAGUCACACAAUCAAUCAAUCAUAAAACGAAAAAACAAGCCACAGUCACAAAAGUGAAAAAGCCACACAAACAAAAACGCAAAAAAUAGCAAAAACAAAAGCACGAAAUAUUGCCUCAGAACAUGGCCAUCAGAAACGGAAGGAUUUAAUUACAAUGCGGGGGGGGGGGGCGGGACUUGAAUUAGCUGCGUGGGUACAACAGGAUGAAAAAAGCCUUAAUUACCCAAUGGGGGGGGGGGCUUAAAUUUGCUGCGCAAGGGUAAAACAGGAUGAGAAAAACCUUAAUUACAAUUGGGGGGGACUUAAACUUUCUGCACAGCAGUAAAAACGGAAGCUCAGGAACCCAUUCAGCUUCUGAGGCAAAGUUUGAAAACCGGAACUCCCCCUUCUGGGCUUGUAGCCUUCGGGUUCCAAGUUGUUCGGAAACUAAGCUGUUCAAGAACCGAGGCCCCACUGUAUAUGAUCUUUUGACAUUGCCAUUUCCUCUUUUGGGGACUGACCCAAUGCGUUUAAUUUCCAGGACUUGUACUGCGUGCGUAGUGACCUGGGGAAUCUGCUCAAAGCCCUGGGUCGCUUGGAAGAAGCCAAGGUAGGUGUUCUGUAGAAUGAGUUUUAAAACAUCAGUCUUUUGAGAAUGUGAACGCUUGCGCCAAGUCUUCGAUGCUCCGCUGACCUGCGAGACUCCCAAGAAAUGGCUGAGAAGCCGAAGGCCUUGAAUUCCCCCAGCGUAGUUGCGGGGCCAGAUCUGGCAAGCCCCCGUUAAUACUUGGUUUUAAGACGUUGAGUCUUGCCGCAGAACGAGACUACCCACUAUUGUGAUGUGACUCAGGGGCGUCACCAUUCUCUGAUCUGGAAAGAAACAUUCCUUCCAAACUGAGGCUUGCCUGCUGACUUAGUCCGUGGUUCCUGUGAGAAGCAGGCGCUCUUCUAAAGUCCUUUGCGGCUUGUAAGUGGAGAAGAACCUUAUCGAAUGUUUCCUUCUGAAUAUGGCAUUGAAAAAAAGACGAUUCUUUAAACUCCCCACCCCCCACCCCACCGUCUCCACAGUGGAAGAAAGGCUGGCAAAUAGUCCUGGUCCUGGUUUGCUUCCUUUGAACAAUCUGUCUUUGUCCAAAGGGUCAAGUGACGUGGCUGGUUUGCUCGGGAGAUGAGCUGAUCAAAGAAAAACGUGCGGCCGAGAGUGGGAAGGUGGCUUCUAGCAGUCCGGUUUCCAGCCGAGAAUUCGAACCCCAAAACGGCUCUCCGCCAAGGGGGGCUUUCCAACGGGACCCGAAAUUGCCUUGUUACAAGCCACCUUAACGCAGCUGCCGGGGCGCGGAGGAACGAGGAGUAGCUCCGGAGGUCCUUCGCUUCCAGCCCCAUGCGCGUGCGUUCGAGUGGGGUGCGUCAACAGUGUAGCUUCCGACUGGUUGCCGUUCUGGGCGGGGGGGGGGGGGGGGAGAGGAGAAAAGCCGAUUUCCAGGAGAAUCCGCUCUCGGGUUCUGGGAAUGGACAAAUUCCAAGCGCAGAUUGCGCAGGCAGCCGCUCCAGGCAGCCCCAUUGUGCCGACUCUGAAUAGGGGCAUCCAAACGCCUUCUCCAAAGCGCCAGGCGGACAGCUAACUCGAAUCGCACGCCACCGCGGCUUCUAGCGUGACUGGUCACCAGCUGAGAUACCGCGCCUGCCUUAGGUUGCUGACUUCUUUGUUUCAGAGCUCUGGAGAGACACGCCUAGCUUGAAAGUGUUAUUCCGUUUUUCGCGAGAACUCCAUUAAACCGGGGGGGGGGGGGAUACAUCUAUGUAUAUUCUGGACAAACGGCAAUGUAUUUCUUUGGCCAUCAGUGCAUUUGCAAGACCAAACCAGCACAAUCUUUACCACCUGAAUUGAAAUUCAAUUGUUGCGGGAGUUUCGGAGCCUUUCUUCCAGUUUGCUGUUGCCCCCCAUUAACCCCUUUCCCUUCUGCAUGCCCCCCCGAUACAGACCAACCGCCCCCCACCCCUCCACCCCCCGUGUUAAGACGUACCCAGAGAUUUUCGAUUGCUUUGUUGGAACUUUUUACUAAUGAUCUUGUUUUAUUUUCUCUCUCGUUUUUGGUUUUCCACCACUGAUAUUACAUUUAGAAGGUUUCAGGUGGGGGAAACCUUUUCCAUGCGUAAGGAGAGGGAGCUCGAGGGCUGGAUCUAAAGCAGAAACUCUCCUCCUCCUCCUCUUCCAGGAAGGAACGCACCGAAAACUCACAUGAGAAAUAUGGUAACGGGUUUGUAACUGCCACAACAAAAACCAUUUGCUCCAUGCCUGAAUCUUCUGUCUUGUGGCUUCGGAAACUGCUUAAGUAUUUUCUGUACGAGCGAGUAACGUUAGAGAGCAAUUGAUAGUCCUAGCCACGUUUCUUUCCGAGAAAUAAACGUAAAAAAAGUACCUUAAGAUUUAAAAGAGAUAAUUGGGAAAGGACUUAGUUAAAAGUAUCUAACUCUUCCCGGUGGUUCAUUUUUUAUCCUUUUUCCUUCUUUGUUUGGAUUGCAGCGUUCUGCUCUGCUGAUGACGCGCUGUGGUCCUGCGGUAGCGCAAGGGCGGCGCAGCGGAAAUGCGCACGGCGUGUGAUGGGGCCCUUGUGAAUGGUGGACUAGACGAUUCAUCUCCAUGUGGGCGGCUCCUCUAGGCCUCUCGGCAAAAUUGGGUUGCGAUGCAUUGAGGUUUCCGGCACAAAUUUAAGACUCCCCACCCCCCUGAGUUUCUGCGUGGGCCUGUCCGGCAGAUGAAUCAGUCUGGUUGGCCACUCAUAGCACCCAGGGGCGUUGCGGCAAAGCGCGGCAGUUGGCAGCGAGGGCGCGAGCGGCGUGCUGUUAGGGGGCGCUGGCGAUUUCUCGCGCUCGCAUUGCAGGGACCGGGACCUUUGUGCAAAGCUGUCAUUUGAGGUUGUGAAAGUAACAUUCAGGUGUGCGUCCUGCACAGGUGAGUUCAGGGUUGGAGAGGCAAGUUUUUGCUCUUUAAAAAGAGAGAGACCGUGUCUUUCAUGGGGUAUUCUGGAUCUUCUAAUGUAAUUUCUACUUACAGUAGUCCCUUGGUUCUCAAACGGAAUCCGUUCCAAAACCAAGGAUGCCAGCAAGGCUGAACCUUUAGGGAAGUUUUUAACGACUGGUUACCACGGUUCUCAAACUUCAUUCGCUCUGGAAGUCAGUUUCAAAAGCAUUCCAAAACCAAGGCGUGCUUUCCCGUGGAAAGGAAUGCAAAAUGGAUCCGUCCAAAAACAGCCAUUGAACACGAAUUCUGCUAUCUAACAAGACCAUUGAUCCAUAAAAUGAAAGCGAUAAUGUACUGUACUAUACAAGAAAUAACAAAAGCACAAAAUUAAUUGCAAAAACCAAAGCGCCAAACUUAAUCCAUUCCGGAAGCCUGUUGGACUUCCAAAAUGUUUGGAAACCAAGGCGCAGCUUCUGAUUGGUGCAGGCGCCCCAGAAACAAUCGCCGACAGCUGCGUCUGACAUCUGGCUUCCAAAAAGCUCCAGAAACAGGAACGCUUCCUUCCGGGGUUUGGGCAUUUGGGAACCAAGGUGUUUGAGUAGCAGGGAUUUUGUGACUCCCAAAAGGAAACCUGUGCCUGUCCAUUAGGGCGGUUCAUAUUAACUUUUUUUUGGGGGGGGGGGGAAAUGACUUCUCCAAAGGUAUUUUCUUACUACACUAGGGAUUACAGUAUAUAGCUAUAUCUGAAAUUUCAUGCAUAUCAGUUAAUAUCUUGACCCGGCUCCACUGAAUUGACAUUUCAGCCUUCACGAUAUAUGAAAACGGCUAUUUUCAUGAAGGAGGGUCCCUCAUGUAGUACCUUUGGAGAAGGCAUUUUCAAAAUAAAGUUUUUUAUGAACCGCCCUAGUGAACACCCAAUGCUUUUCAGUGGAGCAGGGUCAAGAUAUUAACUGAUAUGCAUGAAAUUUCAGAGAUAGCUAUAUAAUCCGUAGUGUAGUAAGAUAAGACCUCUGGAGCAGACAUUUUCCAAAAAAUUUUUUUCAUAAACUGCCCUAUUGUCCAUGUGAACCUUUCUGUAAAAGAAGAAUUAACCCUUCCUUCUGGGUUUUCGGCGUUUGAGUAGCAGGGAUUUUGUGGCUCCCGAAAUGAAACCUCCUCUUGUCCGUGUGAAGAGGAUGCCAGUAAAGUUGAGCCUUCCUGUAAAACAGCCUUUCUCAGCCUUGGGUCCCCAGAUGUUCUUGAACUACACCUCCCAUCAUCUCUGACCACAGGUCAUGCUGGCUAGGAAUUAUGGGAGUUGUAGUCCAGCAACAUCUGGGGACCCAAGGUUGAGAAAGGCUGCUGUAAAAGAAGAAUUUGAAGCUUCCUUCCAGGUUUUCGGCGUUUGAGAACCAAGGCCCUGCUGUCAUUUUGACAACUGGAGAAUAUUUGGGAGAGACCGGCCCCAAGGUCAUCUGACCUCAGCCAGGAUGCUAUCCAAACUGUGUCGCAAUCCAAACUGUUGCAAUCCAAACGGCGGCGUAUUGGAAGCCGAUUGCAAGUGGCCUUGGCCGAGGAAUUGCUUGCUCGGAAAGAAUUGCUAUAUAUCGAAGGGUCAGUAUAACUGACAAUGGUGGAUUUGCACUCGGGUCCUGGUUUGCGCCGGCGCAGCAUCACCCGCCAGCACGCUAGUUUUGGCGCCAGCGAGCGAGCCUCUACCGCAGGAUCACUUUUGGCCGGUCAGAGGAGGGAUUCUAACUGGGACUUUUCUCUUGCUUUUCUUUUGUGCAAAUACCCCCUUCCCCCUGUACCUACCUACCUCUCGACCCUCCCAAGGCCUGCUACCUGAAAGCCAUCGAGACCCAACCCAACUUUGCUGUGGCGUGGAGUAACCUCGGCUGUGUGUUCAAUGCGCAAGGGGAAAUCUGGCUGGCGAUUCAUCACUUUGAGAAGGUAACUGUUACGGGGUUUCUGGACUCUAGAUGGGAAGGCCUGGAAAAAUAAUGAUAACGAUAACAAUCCAAUAUAAGCCCCAUUAAUUGGGCUAGUAGCGUUCUCUCUUCUUCUGUUAAAUAAUGUUUUAUUAAUUUUUCAUUAAUCACAAUCCAAUAUAAGCCCCAUUAAUUGGGCUAGUAGCGUUCUCUCUUCUUCUUUUGAAGAAUUUAUUAUUAUUUUCAUUCAUAGCAAUCUGAUUUAAGCCCUAUUAAUUGGGCAAGUGACAUUCUCUUUGUAAAUUAUUUUUUCAUUAAUUUUUUCAUUAAUAACAAUCCCAUAUAAGCCACAUUAAUUGGGUUAGUAGAAUUCUCUCUUCUUUUAAAGAUUUUUUUUAAUCAUUUCUUUCAUUAAUAACCCGAUCUAAGCCCCAUUAAUUGGGCAAGUAGCAUUCUCUUUUGAAAUAUUUUUUUACUAAUUUUUUUCAUUCAUAACAAUCCAAUCUAAGCCCCAUUGGGCUAGUUGCAUUCUUGCUGCCGUCGUUGCAGACAUAAGAAGUCUUAUACCUAGUGAGAAGGCUUCUGGCUUUUUGACAAAUGUAUUUUCAAACAUUUUCUUUAAACUCAUCAUGUAUUAUUUCCCAGAAAGCCUUGACCAAUGUCACAUAAUAACAGCUGCAUAUUAGUAUAUCGCUGCUUCGCAAGAUGUUGCAGGGCUGAAUGAAGUGGUUUGUAGUAACACUGUCAAAAUUGGAUGCAAUUUUUUAAUAUAUACAGUGGUACCUCGGGUUACAUACACUUCAGGUUAUACACUCCGCUAACCCAGAAAUCGUGCUUCAGGUUAAUAACUUUGCUUCAGGAUGAGAACAGAAAUCGUGCUCUGGCGGCUCAACGGCAGCAGGAGGCCCCAUUAGCUAAAGUUCAGGUUAAGAACAAUUUCAGGUUAAGAACAGACCUCCGGAACGAAUUAAGUACUUAACCCAAGUUACCACUGUAUAAUAUUUUUUUAGUUUUCACAAAAAACCAAAUCAUUACAUUAAAUAAUAUUUUUAAAAAAAACAACUGUAUGCACAAUCAAUGUUAAUCCCACAUUAUGGGAUUAUUUGACUUCCCUCCCCUGCCUCCCCUGGUUCCUUUGUAUUAUCAUCAUUCAUUAUCAUCACUGGAGAGCCAGUGUGGUGUAGUGGUUAAGAGCGGUAGUCUCGUAAUCUGGGGAACCGGGUUCAUGUCUCCGCUCCUCCACAUGCAGCUGCUGGGUGACCUUGGGCCAGUCACACUUCUCUGAAGUCUCUCAGCCCCACUCACCUCACAGAGUGUUUGUUGUGGGGGAGGAAGGGAAAGGAGAAUGUUAGCCGCUUUGAGACUCCUUAAAGGGAGUGAAAGGCGGGAUAUCAAAUCCAAACUCCUCCUCCUCUUCUUCUUCUUCUUCAAUAAAAUCAUCAUCACUAAUUUAAGGUUAUCAGAUUUUUUUUCAAUGCGUCUGGGGAUACUUUUCAACUUCAAUGGAUUUUGUAUGGGGACUGAUUUGUAAAACCAGGGACUGUCCUUACUUUAAAUUUAACCAUUACAGGUGGGUUUUUUAAAAAAAUUAAUCCUGCUAAUGUAUUAACCUGUGUGCACUGCUUUUGUCAACGUUUCCCAUUCUUUUUUAUAUUAAAAUUGGAGGCAUUUUUUCAGCUUCAGUGGGCCUCCAGUGUCCUGUUAGUACCAUUAGUUGGUACCAUUUCUCGUACAGUUGAUAUUCCUUGCAUAGAUAGAUAUAUUAGAUAGAUGAUAGGUAGGUAGAUUCGAUUCGAUUUGAUUAGGAUAGAUAGAUAGAUAGAUAAAUAGAUUAGGUAGGUAGGUAGAUUAGGUAGGUAGAUUAGAUAGAUACAUAAGAAAGGUUGGUAGAUGGAUAGAUAGAUUAGUUAGAUAGAUUGAUUGAUUAGGUAGGUAGAUAGAUUCAGGCAUGGCCAAACCUGGCCCUCCAGCUGUUUUGGGACUACAACUUACAUUGUCUCUGACCACUGGUCCUGUUAGGUAGGGAUGAUGGGGGUUGGAGGGCCAAGUUGGGCCACACCUGGAUUAGAUGGUAGGUAGGUAGGUGGGUAGGUAGUUAGAUAGGUAGAUAGGGUAGGUAGGUAGGUAGGUAGAUAGAUAGAUAGAUAGAUAGAUAGAUAGAUAGAUAGAUAGAUAAGAUACGUAGGCAAGUAGAUAUAUAAUAAGAUAAAGUCGGUAGAUAGAUAAGGUAGGAAGGUAGGUAGGAGGCAGCCAGGUCAAAGUUGACCCACUUAUUUAAAAGUAACCAUGCUGUUAUACAGUGGUACCUCUGGAUGCGAACAGGAUCCAUUCCGGGGCCCCGUUCGCAUCCUGAAGCGAACAUGCUCGGGUCAUGAUUUGUUGCUUCCGUGGAUGCGUGUGGCAUCAUUUUGAGCGUCUGCACAUGCGCAAGCUGCAAAACCCAGAAGUAACAUGCUCUGUUACUUCUAGGUCGCCACAGAGCACAACCCGAAAGUGCUUAACCCGAAGCUACUUCAACCUGAGGUAUGACUGUAUUAGUAACAAAAAUCUAUUAUCUUAAAUAUUUUCAGGCGGUGACCCUGGACCCCAACUUCCUGGAUGCUUACAUUAAUCUGGGGAACGUCUUGAAGGAGGCGCGCAUAUUUGACAGGUAAGCAAAUAGGCAUAGAGCUUAUAUUCUCUUUUUUAUAUAAAUGGUUUUUAUUGGUUUUGCAUAUAAUCACAUUACGUCUUAUAUUCUCAGUUUAGUGGUUGCACCCAUACCCAAACUAACUCCCAUUGUUGCCUAGAGGGUUGAUUUUAUUUAAAGCAAAUUGAUUUAAAUCCCAAAUCCAUAAGACUUGAUUUAAAUCCCCCUUUUACAGGAAGGUUCAGCCUUGCUGGCAUCCUCUUAAUAUUGACAAUCGGAGGCAGGUUUCCUUUUUGGAAUCCUAACUUCAGAGUCUUUUCUACAGUUAUAUCAAAAAUGAUUUGGUUCUGCUAUAUACAGCCCGAUUGUGACGAAAUGAUGGUGAGCUUUAAUAAAUGAACACUUUUUAUUUGAACAACUUUUCUGCUGUACUUGAUUGGAAGGAGAAAAGAAACAUUUCCUUCAUAACAAUUUAAGCAAUUUAUUUCACUGAAACAGUAACAUGGUAGCAUAUGUAUCCAUGUUGCUUAACUGAUGUGCUGAAACAUUUUUCCCCCAAGAAAAACUUGGACUGAGUUUUCGCACACAUGAAAAACUUAAAACAAGUAAUUAUUUCCUGAAUUAUUUAUUUAUUUAUUUAUUUCUACCCCGCCGUCACUGGCCAGGGCUGCGCUCAGGGCGGCUAACACCAAAUAUAAAUUACAAUAAAAUAUAAUAGAAAAAAACCCCAGUUAAUUAAAAUACAGCUUAAAAUGCAGCCUCAUUUUAGUAGUAGCCCAUAAAUCAAGACUAUAAAGGGAGGAAACAUCAGCUAUUCACCCAAGCCAGCUAUUCAUGCUGGUCCUACAUGGGCCAGCAAAAAAGCCACGGGAAAAUUUAUAUACCAAAUCCCAUAUAGGGUGUGAGAAUGAGUUUAAGCAUAGAGCGAGUUAAAAUAAUCAAGCCUGGAGGUGACCAUCGCAUUGAUCACUGUGGCCAGAUCAGGGCGAGAAAGGUAAGGAACCAAUUCCUUAAUACGGCGGAGAUGGGAAAAUGCCACCUUUGCUGUGGCUGCAACCUGCGCCUCCAUGGAAAGAGAGGCAUCGAAGGUUACACCCAAGCUCUUGACAGAAGGCUCUGGCACUAAUUGCGCCCCCGCAAGAGAUGGGAGUUGGCCCCCCAACCCCAUGUUGUCCUGACCCAGCCAGAGGACCUCUGUCUUCAAAGGAUUUAACUUCCAACUGGCUCCCACGCAGCCACCCAGCCACAGCUUCCAAGCAUCUGGUCAGUGUGUCUGGGAUCGAGUCAGGGUGGCCGUCCAUUGACAGAUAAAGCUGGGUGUCAUCAGUAUAUUGACAACAACUCGGCCCUAAACUCUGGACAAUCUGGGCAAGGGGGCGCAUAAAGAUAGUGAAAAGCAUCGGGGAAAGGAUUGUGCCCUGCGGCACUCCACACAAGGAGUGCCGCAGCGACAACACCCUCCCUAGCGCCACCCUCUUUCCCCGACCUGAGAUAAAGGAGCACAGCCAUUGUCUGACUGUGCCCUGAAUCCCCACGUUGGCAAGGUGGUGGUCCAAAAGUUUGUGAUCGACCAUGUCGAAGGCUGCUUACAAAUCUAAAAGAAUCAGCAGUCCCGGCCCGCCUCGAUCCUCUUAAUCGUCCUCCCAAAGCAUUUUAUUUUUAAAAAAACAGAUUUUUAUCCACCCUGGUGACAAUGAAACUGAACCAGUCCUUGAUCUCAUUUCAGAGCCGUUGCAGCCUACCUACGGGCCCUGAGCCUGAGUCCAAACCACGCUGUUGUCCACGGCAACCUGGCAUGUGUGUAUUACGAACAGGGGCUGAUCGAUCUGGCAAUCGAUACCUACAAGAGGGCCAUUGAGCUCCAGCCCCACUUCCCCGACGCCUACUGCAACCUGGCCAACGCGCUGAAAGAGAAAGGCAGCGUAAGAAACUGGUCCCUUUUGCCUUGGGGUGGGGGGAACAUCUAUAUAAAAGAUGUUUUAUAGAUGGUACUUAAUACCUGCCAAAAUAGCUAAAAUGUAUAAAACAAAACAAACAAAAAACCUGUGCUGGAGGUGCAGUAAAGCAGAAGGGACAUUUAUACAUGUCUGGUGGGCCUGUGGGAAAAAAAUACAGAAGCUUUCCUAUUAGGCAGUGGUGUCCAAACUUUUUUCAAAGAGGGCCAGAUUUGAUGAAGUGAAGGGCCAUAAGGGCCGACCAAAGUUGUUGACUUUUUUUAAGGAUUGAAGUUGUUGAGCUCUUUUCUUAGGGCUUAAAUUGUUGAACUUUUUUUAGGAUUGAAGUUGUUUAGCUUUUUCUUAGACUUUUACCCCAUGCUGAAUUGGCCAGAUUAACAGAGACGAUUAGGGCACAACCCAGACAAGAAAUCCGAAAGGAAUGGGGAAAAUGCAGAGAAUACUUUACCAAACAGUGCCCCAAAAUAUACACUUGGACUUGUUUCAAUUAAUUUCUACAGGAGACUUUGUGGUUUAAGUCAUAAUUAGGAAAAAUUGUAAUAAUCCUAUACAAAAGAAAUAGUAUACAAGAAGUAAAUAAGGAGGCCAUUUAACAGGAUAAAGUCUUUUAUUUUUAUGUUAUGUUUUCUUUGUGUAAGGGGAUAGGAGUUUAAUUUUGAUAAUUAGUCAGUGGUGGUGGCUCUGUUUGUAUGUAUGAGUUGUUGUGGACUAUGUUAUAAAUAAAAUAAAAAUUAAAAAAAGAAAAUGAAACCGGUCCCUUUUGCUUUCUGUAUGUCAGAGGGUUUGCUGAAAAAAGCCUUCCGGAUGAUGGUGACCUCGAAAUUGGCCUUUUUUGGGGGGGGGGAUUUGGGGUACAGAACCUAGAAGAAGUCCUCCUUUAUUUUUUCCUUUGUCACGUUCAAAUCAAAUCAUAUCGUCACAUACAACUUUGCUCAUACCAAGCGUCGACUCCCUGCCCCCCCCCCCCCCCGCUCCCACUCCCUGGCUUUCUUAAGCGGUCACGAUCCUCUUAGCAUUUCUGUAUCACCUUUUAAAAAUUGUCCAGUAGCACCUGAUAAUAAUAAUAAUAAUAAUAAUAAUAAUUUAUACCCCACCCAUCUGGCUGGGUUUCCCCAGCCACUCUUGGCGACAAAAUAUUAAAAUACAAUAGUCCGUCAAACAUUAAAAGCUUCCCUAAACAGGGCUUGCUAAACUUGGCUUCUUGGUAUAAUUUUUUGUGUGCAGGUCCACUUCUUCAGAUACAAAAGCUUCUGCCAAGACCAAACUGAGUUGGUCUGUAAUGAAUCAUAGAAUCAUAGAGUUGGAAGAGACCACAAGGGCCAUCGAGUCCAUUCCCCUGCCAAGCAGGAAACACCAUCAGAGCACUCCUGACAUAUAGUUGUCAAGCCUCUGCUUAAAGACCGCCAAAGAAGGAGACUCCACCACACUCCUUGGCAGCAAAUUCCACUGUCAAACAGCUCUUACUGUCAGGAAGUUCUUCCUAAUGUUGAGGUGGAAUCUUCUUUCUUGUAGUUUGGAUCCAUUGCUCCGUGUCCGCUUCUCUGGAGCAGCAGAAAACAACCUUUCUCCCUCCUCUAUGUGACAUCCUUUUCUAUAUUUGAACAUGGCUAUCAUAUCACCCCUUAACCUCCUCUUCUCCAGGCUAAACAUGCCCAGCUCCCUUAGCCGUUCCUCAUAAGGCAUCGUUUCCAGGCCUUUGACCAUUUUGGUUGCCCUCCUCUGGACACGUUCCAGUUUGUCAGUGUCCUUCUUGAACUGUGGUGCCCAGAACUGUGCUACUGGACAAUUUAUAUAUUUUUUUAAUAUAUUUCAACUGCGUUAGACCACCACGGCUGCCUACCUGAACAUAUAUCGCCCUAUUUACCUUCUUACUCUACUUAAAACAAUUUACUUUAGCAUUUGUAAAUCACUUUCAAAAAUUAUCAUGACAAAAUUUUUUAAAUCAAACCAUCAAACAUUCUCAGAUGUUUACAAUGUUCUUUCACAUCUUUUAUAAAUUUACUCCAGUCCUUUUCAAACAGUUUGUCGCGCCGGUUUCGGAUUUUCACUGCCAGCUUUGCCAGUUCUGCAUAUUCAAUCGUUUUUGUCCGCCAUUCUUCCAAAGUUGGAAGUUCCUGCCGCUUCCAUUUCUGGGCUAAAAAUGUCCUUACAGCUAUGGUAGCAUACAUAAGUCUACUUUUGGAAUUUCUUCUCCCACAAUACCCAAUAGAAUAGCCUCUGGUUUUUUAAUAACAAUAUAUUUAAAGAUCUUUUUCAAUUCUUUGUAAAUCAUAUCCUAGUAGACUUUGACUUUAGUGCACAUCCACCACCUAUGGACGAAAUUCACUUCCUUCUCCUUGCAUUUCUAGCGUACCUUAUCAUGAGUUAUAUAUAUUUUAGCAAGUUUAGUCGGCGUCAAAUACCACCUAUACGUCACCUUCAUUAAAUUUUCCGUUAGUGCUGUACAUGCAAUAAAUUGUUUUUGUCCAUAAUCUUUCCCACUUAUCUAAUUCAAUGUUAUGACCAAAAUCUUGAGCCCAUUUAAUCAUAACCGACUUAACUUCUUCAUCCUUUGUAUGCCAUUCUUAUACGUUUUUGGCAAUGAUUUUCUUUUACUAUCUAGCAACUCUGUCUCUUAAUUUUGAUUUAGUAUGACCAAAACCAUUUCCCUUACUGUCUUGCAAAAGACGGUAAGUGUGCGGGAAAGAGAGUUUGAAUCGGAUUAGUCUGAUCUUGUAUUUAUGUUCCCCUAAACCAAGCAUGUCCAAAGUCCACUUUGGGGGCCUUCCACCCAUCUCUCCUAGAUCUCAAAAUGCAUUGGUUUUGUCAUAUUUCCUGCUGUCCUGCCAAAGAAUUUAAAUUUUCCCAAUGUUCUUUUAGACCAGGCAUGUCCAAAGUCCAGUUCAGGGGCCUAAUCUGGCCCUCUGGUCGAUUUAAUCCGGCCCUCGUUGCAGUUUGUUUACUAGGGCAAAACUUCCCCCCAAAAAGCUCAAGAACUUUAAUCCUAAAAAAAGGUCAGCACCUCUGGGGUCAAAUCCUUAAAAAAGUCUCAACAAUUGUGGGGUUUCACUGUUAAUAUGCUACUUCUUAAUUGUAUUUCAGUUCAACAAUGACUUUGAUAAAAUACAUCUUUUGUGACGUGCAGAAGGCUUGAGAUACCUAUGAGGUGCAACGGUUACCAUAUAACAUAUAUUCAAUAUAAAAAACAGCAACAAUUGGUUGUUGACAAAGGACAGCUGGCAUAUAUAUAUAAAAGAUAUUAACUGAUAUGCAUGACAUUCCAGAUAUAGCUAUAUAAUCUCUACUGUUGGUAAGAGAAGACCUUUGGAGCAGGCAUUUUCAAAAAAAGAGUUUUUUAUGAACUGCCCUAAUACCAAGUUACCUUCAGGAGCUGAGGGCCAUAUCAAACCUCAAUCCGGCCAUCCCAUCACAGAGCAGCCUUUUGGGCUCCUGUGAAAGACAUACUAAUAUUCGCGUAAAAACUCUGUUUUGUGUUUCGAAGGUUGCCGAAGCCGAGGAAUGCUACAAUACAGCUCUCCGUUUAUGUCCGACUCACGCGGAUUCUCUUAAUAACCUGGCAAACAUCAAGCGAGAACAAGGGAAUAUCGAGGAGGCUGUCCGCCUCUACCGGAAAGCUCUUGAGGUACGUGCAUGGAGAAUUACAACAAUUAAAUUGACACAUAAGGGUUAGGCGUGCGUACCCUGGACUCCUAGUCUGGGUCUUUUAAAAAAUCACCGAUCAGAUUUUUCUUGAUCAAUAACGGAAAUAAUGGUGAAGAACUGAAAGUGAAGUAGCAUUUUGAGGUUCGACAAAGCAUGGUCUGAUAAGUCCCUUUUGGAAGGAAGAGGGUCUGUCCCUCUUUUUAUAUUCCUGGGCCUCCUGGAAUGACCAAAAAUCUGCUUUUUCAUCAGAACAAAGCAAGGUGUUAAGGAACGGUACAGAAAUUGAAAUAAAAGCUGGGCACAUGCUGUUCUCUGUGUCGGCUGAGCUUGAUCCCCUGACAGUCUUAUUUUCUAACAGUAUUUCCUAUGCGUACGAAAAAGGCAGUUCAUAGGCCCAUUAUUAUUAUUAUUAUUAUUAUUAUUAUUACCACAAGUCAUUCCAAAUGGUGAUUUAUUUUGCAGCCAGCCCCUGCCACAUUUGAGCAUCAAAGAGGGGCUCUUUAAAAUACGGCAUUGGUCAUUUGACAGUCUGAUCUCCCAACAGUAUUUCCUAUGCAUGCUAAAAAGGCAGUCCAUAGGUUCCUCCUCCUCCUUAAUUUUUGCAAGUCAAUCCAAAUGAGGAUUUAUUUCAUGCCCACAACCUUUGAGCCUCAAAGAGCGGCCUCCGUCUCUUUAGAAUGCUUCUCAGGGAAACUAAGAGUGAGCUUCUUCCCCGCAGGUCUUCCCGGAGUUUGCAGCUGCGCAUUCGAAUUUAGCCAGUGUUUUGCAACAGCAGGGGAAGCUCCAGGAGGCCCUCAUGCACUACAAGGAGGCCAUCAGGUGAGCUUCCGAAGCCAUGGGGAAAAUAGAUUGAAAGAGCUCCUCCUUAUUGUAUUUUAAUCUUUUGCUGGAAGCCGCCCAGAGUGGCUGGGUAUAAAUAAUAAAUUAUUGUUGCUGUUGUUAAUAAUUAUUAUUACUCCUCAUGCGCUGGUCUGGUGCCUGUGGGAAAGCUCUCCUCUUUCUCUUUUUCUUCUAGGUUCUUUAUAUUUUCAGUUUUUUUAUUUUAACAUUUUAUUUCCAUACACUCCAAACAUUUUCAAUAUAUACAAUACUGGGAUUAUACAAACCCCUCGGGACACCCCCCCCCCCCGGUUUCCAUAUUUUGCCAUCUUUUCUUGCAUGUAAUUACAAUGAUCCGUUCUAUUCCAUUUCCUUAUUUGCUACUUUGGCUUCAUCAAUGUUAUAUCAAUCCUGCCUGCGGAAAGCCAUCUAAUUCGAUUUUAAUUUGAUCCUGACUUGUUUUUAGGAGGUAAUUUAAUUAUCGUUUGAUUUUAUACUAAUGUUAUAUAUUUGAUGUUAGCUGCCCUAAGCCCGGUUUCGGCCGGGGAGGGCGGGAUACAAUUAUUAUUAUUAUUAUUAUUAUUAUUAUUUCUAAAUAUGUACAGUGGCCUUUAAGGUAUUCAAUAAAUUUUUUCCAUUCUUGUUUAAUUUUUAUCUAUAUAUAUAGUUUUUAUUAAGUUUUAGCAUUUUAUAUUCAACACAAACAUCAUUCUUGCAGAUAGCAUAGAUGAAUCCCAAUCUCCCCCAGCUUCCCUCUUCUGGUUUUUUAAAUAUUUGCUUCUCCUGCCUAUCUCAUUCUCCCUUAAUUUUGCCAUCUUUGAACUAACGAUGGUUAUAUCCUUAAGGUUUUUGCACCAUGUUUUUUUCACAUUUCAUCAUUAUUUUCCCCAUUUUGUCCUUUUAACUUUUUUCUUUCCUUAAAUUUCUUAUCAUCUUGAUGUCUGAUCUUCACGGUCAUUUUGAUAAUCCACUCUUCUUUUGUUGGGACCUUCUCUUCCUUCCACAGCCAGGCUAAGAACAUUCUGGCAUAAACAGAAUACACUGUCUUUUUAGGUCUCUUGGUAUUUCUUCACCCGUUAAACCUAUUAGAAAGGCUUCUGGUUUUUUCACAAAUGUUCUGCCCCCCCCCCCCAGUUAAUUAUACAGUGGUACCUUGGUUCUCAAACUGAAUGUGUUCCAAAACCAAGGUGCACUUUCCCAUAGAAAGUCAUGCAAAACGGAUUAAUCCGUACCAGACUUUGAAAAACAAUCCCUAAAACAGCCAUUUAACAUGAAUUUUACUAUCUAACGAGACCAUUGAUCCCUAAAAUGAAAGCAGUCAUCCAUGUACUGUACUCUAAAAUAAAUACGACAGUCUUGUAAAUGAUAAAAAUGAAAAUUAUUAUUUUUCCUGACCUGCACUGAUGAUAGUCAUUGUUCGGAUGGGGACCGGGGCUUCUAUCUGUUUCCGCAGUCACACAAUCAAUCAAUCAAUCAGUAACUAAACUGGGAUCCGCACAGUCGCAAAAACAAAUGAACCGAAAAAGCCUCUGAAACAAAAACACCAAAUAAAUUGCAUAAACCAAAGCACCAAACUUAAUCUGUUCCGGAAGUCUGUUUGAUUGGUGCAGGUGCCCCAGAAAGAAUAACCGACAGCUGAAUUUGAUGUUUGGCUUCCGAAAAACGCCUGGAAACUGGAACACUUUUUCUGGGUUUUCGGCAUUUGUGAACCAAAGCGUUUGAGUAAUAAUAAUUUUAUUUAUUUAUAUCCCACUCUCGCCGGCCGAGGCUGGGCUCAGAGCAGCUAACAUCAUAAAAACAACACAACGUGCCUAAAAGCAGACAUCAAGUAAUUCAAGUAAAAAUUAAUUCAGACAAGUUAAAAUCCGGGCAGGUGGCAAUUAUUAGGGUGGAAUUGAGAGUGAUUAAUAAUUGCCAGAAUUGAGGAGCAGGGAUUUCCCAAAAGGAAUGUGCUGCUUGUCUGUAUGAAGAGGAUGCCACAAUGCUGAACCUUUCUGUAUGAAAAAACCUUCUGUAUAAAGAAACCUGUAUAAAGAACAUUUGAGAACCAAGGUCUCACUGUCUCACAUGACCACUAGGGUGGUUCAUAAAAAACACUUUUUUGAAAAUGCCUGCUCCCAAUGUCUUAUCUUACUACACUAGGGGUUAUAUAGCUAUAUCUGAAAUUCCGUGCAUAUCAGUUAAUAUCUCGACCCUCCUCCAUGAAAAUAGCUGUUUUCUUGGCCGUUUUCCUAUUUUGUGAAGGCUUUGGAGAAGGCAUUUUUUAAAAAAGUUUUUUUAAUGAACUGCCCUAAAGACCACCGUAUAGGAUAGAAAGAGCCUUCUUGACCCUUACAUUUCCAGCGUAACUUCAGUGUAUUUUUGUACCAAAACUGCACUUUUUCUCUCGCCCUCCACGUCAGAAUAAGCCCCACUUUUGCAGACGCCUAUUCCAACAUGGGGAACACCUUGAAGGAAAUGCAAGACGUCCAAGGAGCUCUGCAGUGCUACACAAGAGCAAUCCAGAUAAAUCCUGCGUUUGCCGAUGCCCACAGCAACCUUGCUUCCAUCCAUAAGGUGAGCUUUGUGUCUCUGCUAAAUCUAUUUUUUUUAAAAAACUGCGGGGGGGGGGGGCAGCAGGGAAAUCUGUUAGUUUUUACAAAGGAAAACAACUGGCAAAAGCCGUCCCAAACCGAGAUGGGGCGCAAAAAGAAAAAGGGGAGAAUUGGAAUUUAUGCUGGAAGUGUGAGGAGGCAGAGGGCACGCCGAUACGUUUAUGGUGGGGCUAUGGAAACGUUAAAAAAUUCAUGAGGAAAUAAAAAAGAUGAUCAGAAUUAAUUUAGAGGGGAAAACCAGAGGCAUAUUUACUGAGUAUAAGAGAUAAAGAAAUACCACAAGAUGGGAAGAUAUUAUUCUUAUACGCGACAGCUGCAGCAAGGCUACUCCUUGCACAAAACUGGAACAGGAAAUAUAUACCCACAAAGGAUGACUGGAUGAAGAAACUAAUUGAAUUUAUAGAACUGCCAAGGUUAAGUGCAGUAAUAAGGUACCAAUCAAACUGGAAAUGAAAAUGGUUUGAAGAUUAUGUGUUCAAGUACUGCUCAAAAACUAACAUGUUGAUAUGUUUGGUUUAAUGUUUGUAAAUCUGGUUUAAUAAUAAUAAUAAUAAUAAAUAGUAAGUUAAAAGAGUUAAGAAAUAUAAAUUUAGAUAAAAUUGCAAUGUGAAUGUGAGUGAAGGAAGUCACAUGGGUAUUUGGGUAAAUGGUGAGUUGGGUAUAGGGUUAGAUGUGGGGAAUCCAUAUAUGUAAUGUAUAGUGUUGAAAAUGUACGGCAACUAGCAUGUAAAAUGAAAUCAAAAAUAAAUAAAUGGGGAAAUAAAAAUGGCAAUGUGAAAUAUUAUAUAGGAGGGUGAGGGGCGGUGGAGGGAAGCCACAAGGGUGGUUUUAAUGUCUGAAAUUUUGGGUGGUAGGGUAAUACGAAUUUUGUUUUGUGUCUAUGUGUUUGUUUGUAAAUAAAUUUUUAAAAGGAAAAUGAAAAAAUCACUGUACUUUUCAGCGUGUCAGGUGGGUUUUUUUACUUUGAAAUAAAAAUGGGGGGAGGUCUUAUAUGGGUGAUUGGGUGGGUGAAUGGCUCAUUUUCUUAAAUAUGAUCCCCCCCAAAUAGAGGGUGGCUUAUAUAGACGGAAAGUAUGGUGGAGUUCCACACCCAAAAAUCUCAUUGUGACUUCCAAUCACCCCCACGUCACAUUUCCGAUGGCGCCCUUUCGCUCGUCUCUCCUAGAUCUCAAAAUGCAUUGGUUUUGUCAUAUUUCCUGCUGUCCUUUGUCAAUCCACACCUGCCAAAGAAUUUAAAUUUUCCCAACAUUUUUUUUAGACCACACAUGUCCAGCGUGUGGCCGGGGAGCGUAACCUGGUUUACUUACUGGGGCAACCCCCCCCCCAAAUGCUCAACAACUUCAAUCCUAAAAAGAGCUCAACAACCUUGGGGUUAAAUCCUAAAACAGCUCAACAAAUUUGCCCCGCCCUCAUGUCAAAUCUGGCCCUCUUUGGGAAAAUUUGGGCACCCCUGUAAAUUUAGACAAUACAGUCCUAUCUCGGGUUAAAUAUGCUUCAGGAUGAAUAUUUUUGGGUUGCGUUCCGCAGUGACCCAGAAGUAACGGAGCACAUUACUUGCGGGUUUCGCCGCAUGCACAGACGCUCAAAAUGACGUCAUGCGCGGAAGCGGCGAAUUGCGACGUGCAGAUGUGGGUUGCAUUCGCUUCAGGAUGCGAACGGGGCUCCAGAAUGGAUCCCAUUCACAUCCAGAGGUACCACUGUACUCUGCAAGUGUCCUGUUCUCUAUGAAAUGUUUCUUCCGAAACCUCUAGUAAUUCUGUCUGUAUUAUAAUAUUCUUGCUAAUUCUGCGUAUUUUAGCCUUUUUGCUGGCUACGCCAACUUAGUAGGGAUAGGAUUCUCCUUUCCAUCCUUUGUCUGUUAAGAUUCUCGCUGCGGCUAUUGUAGACACUGUGACUUGCCGUUGUUUUAUAACCAUUUAUUGUAACAAUCAUUUAUUCUAUGAUCAAUUACAAUAAUCAUUCAUUGUAAUAAUCAUUUAUUGUACGAUCAAUUACAAUUUAUUGUAAUUGUUAAGAGUAGGUUUCUGUUGAAUUUUUACAUGCUGAUACUCAAUAUUAUUCUAUAGCAUGGGGAGGCAAACUACGGCCCCAUGGCCUUCUCAAUCUGGCUGGGAGUCGGCAUGUUUUGACAUGAGUAUAAUGUGUCCUUUUAUUUAAAAUUCACCUCUGGGUUAUUUGUGGGACAUAGGAAUGCGUUCCUUUUUUCCCCCUCCCCAAAAUCUAGUCUGGCCCCCACAAGGUCUGAGGGACAGUGGACGGCCCCCUGCUGAAAAAGUUUGCCGACCCCUGUUCUAUUCCAAUGAUUGUUAAAUGUUACUUUAUAAGUCCACCAGGUGUGGAUCAUCGUGCCUUCUGUCUGUUCUUCAUCUUUGGUUUUGAUGGUUGAGGAAAAAAGCUAGUGGCAAUUGCUGAAAUAUCCCUCCCUUUCUAGGAUUCCGGAAACAUCCCAGAGGCAAUUGCUUCGUAUCGCACCGCCUUGAAACUGAAGCCGGACUUUCCUGACGCUUACUGCAACCUGGCGCACUGUUUGCAGGUGAGGCAGAGUUUUUCAGCAUAUUAAGGGCCAACACUCCCAGGGUUUCCGGCAUUUGGGAACCGAGGCGUUUGAGUCCCAAGGUACCACGGUAAUGGUAAAAGCGUCACCUAAUUCAGGAAUUGUCCAAUGUCACCUUAGAGACCAACUCAGUUUGUUCUGUGUCUAAGCUUUCAUGUGCAGGCAGACUUAUUCAGAUACACUGAAGCGGAAGUCCCCACACCCUGAUAUUUAGAGGGAGGGUGGGGCGGGGUAUUUCUCUGAAGGGUACUAGGACUCAAUCGGUAUGGUCAACCUGUGGACGACUGUGUCUCAUUACAUAUCCUAAAACUAUUUUAGGUCAUCUGCAUACCAUCCCUUGUUUUUUCAGUCGUUCACAGUUGCCAGCAGGUGGACCAUACCCAUUGACUCCUACUACCCUUCGGAGAAAAACCCCGCCCCACCUUCCCACUAUAGAUCAGAGUCUGGGGGCUUCUCCUUACUCUUAUAUAGCAGGGUCUGGGGACUUCUCCCUCUGUAUAUCCGGGUCUGGGGACUUCCGCUUCAGUGUAUCUGAAGAAGUGUGCAUGCACACAAAAGCUUAUAUCAGGCAUCCCCAACCUGCGGCCCCCCAGAUGUUUUGGCCUACAACUCCCAUGAUCCCUAGCUAACAGGACCAGUGGUCGGGGAUGAUGGGAAUUUUAGUCUAAAACAUCUGGAGGGCCGAAGGUUUGGGGUUCCUGGCUUAUACCAAGAACAAACUUCGUUGGUCUCUAAGGCUCUACUGGGCAAUUUUUAUAUAUAUUUUGACUUCAUCAGACCAACACAGCUACCUACCUGAAUCUAGAACCCUGGUUUUCUUUGCCCCCUUUCAGAUCGUCUGUGAUUGGACCGAUUACGACGAGAGAAUGAAGAAGCUUGUCAGUAUUGUGGCUGACCAGCUGGAGAAGAACCGGCUCCCUUCGGUGCACCCCCAUCACAGCAUGCUGUAUCCGCUGUCUCACGGCUUCCGAAAGGCUAUUGCCGAGAGACAUGGGAACCUUUGCCUGGACAAGGUGGGUUUAUGCUGUGAAGAGGUGUGCGCCACUCCGUUCCGUCAGAUUUUGAAUGCAUGUUGGCUUUGGAUAUAUAAUAAUAUAUAAUAAUUUAUUAUUUCUACCCUGCCCAUCUGUCUGGGUAUCCUCAGCCACUCUGGGUGGCUGCCAACCAAAUAUUAAAAACACAAGACAGCAUUAAAUAUUUAAAAACUUCCCUAAACAGGGCUGCUUUCAGAUGUCUUUUAAAAGUGAGAUAAUUGCUUAUUUCUUUGACAUCUGAUGGAAGGGCGUUCCACAGGGCGGCCGUCACCACAAGAAGGCCCUCUGCCUGGUUCCCUGUAACUUGGCUUCUUGCGGGGAGGGAAGCGCCAGAAGGCCCUUGGGAGAGGGACCCCGGUGUCCGGGGUGGAGAUGCUCCUUCAGGUCUACUGGGCCGAGGUCAUUGAGGGCUUUCAAGGUCAGCACCGACACUUUGAAUUGUGCUUGGAAACGUACUGGGAGCCAAUGCAGAUCUCUCGGGACCGUUGGUAUGUGGUCUCAGUAAGACUGGAUUUAAAGCCUUUAUUUUACAGAAAGGUUCAAUCUUGCUGGCAUCCUCUUAAUAUUGACAACCAGAGGAAAGUUUCAUCUGCUGGGCUGUUUAGGGCUUUCAAGGUCAGCACCAACACUUUGAAUUGUGCCCGGAAACGUACUGGGAGCCAAUGCAGGUCUUUCAAGACUGGUGUUAUGUGGUCUCUGCGGCUGUUCACGGUCCCCAGUCUGGCUACCACAUUCUAUUUGUUUGUUUUUAAAAAAUAAUUUUUAUUAACAGGCCAAUCACAUCACAUUAUCCAAAUCACAUUAGUUCUAAAUUAUACAGCCGAAUUUUAAAUUUUUGUUGGGGGUACCCAUACAUCAAGCUCCGAACGAGUCCAAAGCUCCGAACGAGUCCAAACAUCACUUAUAUUGCUGCUUUAAUUAAACAGUUCUAUCCAGUUCAAUCCAGAUAGUCCUUUAUUACUUUCUUCAUCUUCUUGUUGUUAUCGUCUAUUCCUUUCUUUACGAUCUCUGAUAAUUUUCACAAGCAGAUUGAAAACAGGCAUCCUCUGUGUGGGUUUUGUACUCUCCAAAGAUCAUAUUGCUCAGGGACAGCCGCUGUUCAACGCUUCCAUUAAAAAAAUAAAAAUCUUCGGUCUGUCCUUUACUUUUCUCAGACUUGCCAAAUAUAUCAGGAGGCUCUGUCAGGUCAAGAUUGCAUUCCAACAAUCCUUCUCUUUCCAAUGGUCCUGAUUCUCCUCCCCCUGUCCUUCUUUCUCCGGCAAGCCUGUCUUGGCGAGACGCCAUUUUUUAACUGCGUCAUAAAAUUUUCCUCCGUUCUCACCGUUCACCAAUCCUCUCUCCAGCUAUAAUCCGUUCCACACAGUUCUUGAAUUCCUGCUUGUGAUUAGUAAAACGCAACGAUCUUGUUUCUAUCUGGGGUUGAGGGUUAUUAAUAUCGCAUCGUGCAAAGAAAAAAGUUUUUUUCCUCCACCCCCCCUUCAUUCCAAACAUACAGUCUCUUAAUGGUGAUUCAUCAGAAGAUUCACUUAUCCAUCCAUCACUCCCGGUCACAGAGAUCCAUUAAUCAGCAGUCUUAUCUCUCGAGCGUUACUUGAUGUAUGUGCAUCAGCUUCAUUCCAAUCGUAUGUUUCCAAUUAUAAUUCCGAGCUGAAGCUAACCAGCACGCGCUGAUUGGAAUCGGUGUCAGGAAGAUCUGACUUCAUCGAGAGCUCGUGCCAAGUGACCGGCACCUCCAUCUCUCGGAUCAGGGGGUGCAUUGUGGACACCGCUGGCAAGGCAGCCCCCCCCAUCUCCUUGGGGGGGUAGGAAGACUGCAUACUUCCCAUAGCAGCCUCUUAAUUACCUCGUAUGGGUCAGAGAGAUGUUAUUGUCGGCCAUCUUCCAACGCGCCACCUGGUGGCCCCUGGCUACCACAUUCUGGAUUAAUUGCAGUAAGGUAGCCCCACAUAGACCGCAUUGCAGUAGUCCAAGCUGGAGAUAACAAGAGCAUGCGCCACUCUGGCAAGAGAGGGCAGGGAGGGUCUUACCCUGCAUCCCAGAUGGAGCUGCCCUGGACACAGAACAGAUCUGUGCCUCUAUGGGUCCAAAAUGACCCCCAGACUGUGCAGCUGGUCCUUCAGGGGCACAGUUGCCCCGUUCAGGACCAGGGAGUCCCCCCCACCCGUCCACACACCACAGAACUUCAGUCUUGUCAGGAUUCAACCUCAACCAGUUAGCUGCCAUCCAUCUUCCAACCGCCUCCAGGCACCCGCGCAGGAACUCCACCGCCUUUGCCGGCUCUGAUUUGAAAGAGAGGAAGAGCUCUCUACCAGGCUUCCUCAACCUCGGCCCUCCUGAUGCUUUUGGCCUACAACUCCAUGGUCCCUAGCUAGCAGGUCUAGUGGUCAGGGAUGAUGGGCACUGUAGUUUGAAAACAGCUGGAGGGCCAAUGUUGAGGAAGCCUGCUCUAUAUUGGCGCCAAUGGCUGUUAAGCGAAAAAAUUCCAGGGUGAGUGACUUCUUGACAGCCUAGCUCACCGGGGCACUUGUCCCCCAUGGGUCCAUGCGGUCAGUAAAAGGAGAAAGUCCCAGCCCGGUAAUUUGGAGCAAAACAGUGGUCAGUAGACCAUGAUUCUUACUGUUGCACCACAGGUCUGCCCAGGAGUAAGAACCCGAGCAUGGGGUGAUGUCAGCUUUUAAAACUUCCUUCUUCCCCCCAGAAUACACUUCAAGCAGCAUCGUUGAUACAUCAUCACUACAUCACUAGCACAUCACAAAUGGGGAGGGGUAUACAAGGGUUAUGCAUUCAAUAUGAGGUCCCUUUAUCAGACCCCUUAAAUCUCCAUCACCGAAAGAACAAUAAAACUCUUGACACAUCCUUUCCCACUGGACUUGUCUGGAGAUGGGCAUUCAGAAGACCUGCCUUGCUAAACUGCCUUGGCAGAUGUCUAUGGUUGCCCCCUUGGUCUCUCCCUCAGUGGGGUGCCGUGUAUGUGCUCUCAGGCUUGGGGAAUUCUGGCGGGAUGCCCUGUUCCUGCUGCCUACAUGACUUCCUGCUUCUUGGCUCAUGGAGGGAGGUGGAGCCCAAAUUCGCCUUCCUUUUAGGGUUCAAAUGGCGUCGGAAUGAGGAGAGUCGGUUAAAGCAUAGAUUUUCUGCGAAUUCAUAAUGCUAGGUGUCUUUCUUGGGCUGUCAAGUCAAAGGUAUGUAUAUUUGUAACAUUGGAACAACUUCAAAGAUGUGGCCUCAUGUCCCCCCCCAAUGUCAUUUCCGUAACCCGGCUUUCUUGAAUCCCCUUGCCAGAUCAACGUGCUCCACAAGCCGCCUUACGAGCACCCCAAGGACCUGAAAGGCAGUGAGGGCCGGCUCCGCGUUGGCUACGUGAGCUCUGACUUUGGGAACCACCCCACCUCCCAUCUCAUGCAGUCAAUCCCAGGCAUGCACAAUUCGGACAAAUUUGAGGUGAGGUGCACAAGAGGGUAGCCGUGUGAGUAGCUCAGGCGGCAGAGCGCUGAGACACUGAAUCUUGGGGUCAUGGGUACGAGCCCCACGUUGGGCCAAACGAAUGAAUACAGCCUGGGACCGCCUCUCCUGGUAUACCCCACGGAGGAUCUAACAGUCUGCAAAUAAUAACAUCUUAGAGGUCCUGGGCCUCAGGGAGAUUAGGCUGGCCUCGACCAGGGCCAGGGCCUUUUUGGCCUUGGCCCUGGCCUGGUGGAACUCUCUGCCACAAGAGAUCAGGACCCUGUGGGAUCUGACAUCUUUCUGCAGGGCCUGUAAGAUGGAGUUGUUCCGCCGGGCCUUUGGUUCAACCUGACUCCCCUUCUCUUUUUGUGUAAGAACUAGUAUGAAAGAGGCCUCCCAGCGUUCUCACAGGCCCAUAUAAGAGCAGCGCAAACAGUUGGGCCUGAUGAGCAUUUACUGUUCCCAACCCUAAUCCUGCGGAAAGCCAUCUAAUUGGAUUUGAAUUUGAUCCUGGCUUGUUUUCAGGAGGUAAUUUCGUUAUUGCUUGAUUUUAUACCAAUGUUACAUAUUUGGUGUUAGCCUCCCUGAGCCCAGGUUUGGACGGGGAGGGCGGGAUACAAAUAAAAGUUUUUAUUAUUAUUAUAAUUAUCAUCAUCAUUAUCCUCUUAAUUUGCGUCAGCCCUUGGUUGUAGCAAUAAAAUGGCGAGAUGAUCUGCAAGGAAUAGAAAUGAAAAAUCAAUGAUAUCAAAUACAUUUGAGGGUUUUGAAUCGAGAGUGGACCUUAUUCUGACUGCCCCAGCUCAAAACCUGGCCGCCUUUGCCGUUACCUGCUCCUCUUGAUCUGCCAAGAGAGAGGACUCUGGGGUAGUGGUUGGGCAACCUGGAACGGGCAAUAAAGGAGGGGUAAUCAUCUCACGACAAACCUAGACAGCAUCUUAAAAAGCAGAGACACCACCUUGCCAACAAAGGUCCGUAUAGUAAAAACUAUGGUUUUCCAAGUAGUGAUGUAUCGAAGUGAGAGCUGGACCAUAAAGAAGGCUGAUCUCCGAAGAAUUGAUGCUUUUGAAUUAUGGUGCUGGAGGAGACUCUUGAGAGUCCCAUGGACUGCAAGAAGAUCAAACCUAUCCAUUCUUAAGGAAAUCAGCCCUGAGUGCUCACUGGAAGGACAGAUCCUGAAGCUGAGGCUCCAAUACUUUGGCCACCUCAUGAGAAGAGAAGAUUCCCUGGAAAAGACCCUGGUGUUAGGAAAGAUGGGAGGGGACAAGGAGAAGGGGACGACAGAGGACGAGAUGGUUGGAUAGUGUUCUCGAAGCUACCAGCAUGAGUUUGACCAAACUGCGGGAGGCAGUGGAAGACAGAAGUGCCUGGCAUGCUCUGGUCCAUUGGGUCACGAAGAGUCGGACACGACUAAACAACAACACAAUCAUCUCCUCAAGGCUUUUUAUAAAGCACAUGCACCACCGAUUUGGUGCUACCAUCUCUGCAGGGACAUGAGCGUUUCCCAUGUGGAAUCUGUCGGAAUCGUCCCUCGAGUCCAGUCCAGGGUGAGACAUUUGAUCUUGUGAGGUUCAAAGCUGUCUGCAUUUUGGGAUUGCUUGGUGAUGCAGAUCAGGUGCUGGAGAGUCGAAAUGGGACGGUGGGAAAUUUCCUGAUGGCAGUCAAGUUGUUCUGACACUUGAGAUCAUUUAGGCACCGACAGAUUAAACCAGGCAUCCCCAGCCUUCGGCCCUUCAGAUGUUUUUGACUACAAUUACCAUCAUCCCUGACCACUGGUCCUGUGAGGUAGGGAUCAUGGGAGUUGUAGGCUAAAACAUCUGGAGGGCCGCAGGUUGGGAAUGCCUGGAUUAGACUGUUUGCUUGACUAAAACCCAAAGUCAGUAGCUGUUGUGGGGAUAAGCCACAAGAGGGAAGCUCUUGGGCAAAGAUUCCCACAUUGCAGGGGGUUAGCCUAGGUGAGCCUCGUGGCCCUUUCAAACUCCCUAGUUCUAUGAUUCUAUAUUGGCAAUUGCUUCAUCAUGGAGGAAAGCUGUGAUGGUUCAUGCGCUUCGUAAAUUCUGGCCUUUUCAUGCAAUGUUUGGGAAAGAUGGGCUUUGUCUACUGUUUUUCGGCCUGUGUUUUGCUGCACCUCACGUGCUCCCUGCUCAAGUGACCCUCAAAUGUAUUUUAUACAAUGGACUUUUUAUUUCCAUUCUUUGUAUAUUGUAUUGUUUUAUUGCGAUGCCCGACGCGAAUAAAGAUUCCUCCAUUCAUUCAGUGAUUCUGGUCAGCCUCAGUUCUAAGCAAUUCCUCUCUUUCCUAGGUCUUCUGCUAUGCCCUCAGCCCCGACGACGGCACAAACUUCCGGGUCAAGGUGAUGGCUGAAGCAAAUCACUUUAUUGACUUAUCUCAGGUGAGAGCUCUUUCCCCCCUGUAUAUCCUAAAUAUGCUCUUGCCCAGGCAACCUUUUCUGGAGAUAUUUGUCAUUUUGAGGAGUUUAGCGAUCUGAUAUAAUAAUAAGAAUAAGAAUAAUAAAUUUUAUUUAUACCCCGGCCAAGACCAAGCACAGGGCGGCUAACACCAAAUAUAUAAUACAUUAAAAACACAAAAUCAAACGAUUGGUUUAAAAUACAAUUCAAAUCACAUUUAAAAUCAAAAUAAAAUUCAGAGAUACGGUCAUCUCUUCCUGCCUCUCUUUACUUCUCUAUCUUUUGCUAAAGCUCUUUGAUCGCAGAGAACAGCCUUUUAAUGCAUAAUCUGGCGGAAGGAAGAAGCUAUAAUGCAGGAUACCAUCUGUUCUUGGAUGCUAUACGUUGUUUGGACGAAUGUGCAAUAUCAGAAGAGGGGGCUAAAUCAUGAAUAAUCUGCACUAGUAGAUUCUUCAGGUAUCUGAAGAAGUGUGCCUGCACAUGAAAGCUUAUACCCAGAACAAACUUAGUUGGUCUCUAAGGUGCUAAAGGUAAAGGGACCCCUGACCAUUAGGUCCAGUCGUGACUGACUCUGGGGUUGCGGCGCUCAUCUCGCUUUAUUGGCUGAGGGAGCUGGCGUACAGCUUCCGGCUCACGUGGCCAGCAUGACUAAGCCGCUUCUGGCAAACCAGAGCAGCGCACGGAAACACCAUUUACCUUCCCGCCAGAGGAUCUACUUGCACUGGCAUGCUUUCGAACUGCUAGGUUGGCAGGAGCAGGGACCGAGCAACGGGAGCUCACCCCAUAGCAGGGAUUCAAACCGCUGACCUUCUGAUCGGCAAGCCCUAGGCUCAGUGGUUUAGACCACAGCGCCACCCGCGUCCCUCUCUAAGGUGCUACUGGACAAUAAUAUAUAUAUAGAGAGAGAGAGAGAGAGAGAUAUGUAUAGAUAUAUAGAUAUAUAUAGAUAUAUUUCGACUGCACUAGCUAGUGAGGCAAACCAUCCAGGCUAGCGAUCAAUAACCUAUAAAUCAGAUUUUUGGGCAUAGCUCGGAAAAGCAUGUCUGAACUCAUGGCCGAAGGGUUGUGCAACCGGGGGCGGGGGGGGGUCACUUAGCCGCUUCUCAGGGGCUUCCCAGUGGCAGGUCGAAGUGCUUGCUUGGUAAUGUAUAUAACAGGGUGGAUUUGAUUUAAAUCACUAGUUGGUGUCCAAACUCUUUUCAAAGAGGGCCAGAUUUGAUGAAGUGAACAUGUGCAAGGGCCGGCCAAAGUUGUUGAGCUUUUUUUAGGAUUGAAAGGAUCUCAGCCUAGCCCUUGCCUUUGCCCUAGCUGUAAGCCCUAAACCUUAACUCUUAACAGUAAUUCUUAGCCUAAGCCUGACCCUACCUCCAGCCUUAGCCUUUGCCCUAAUUCUAAACCCUAGCCCCUAACCCUAAACCUAAACUACAUUUCAGAUGAUUCCUGGAUGCUCUCAAGUCAUGGGUGCAGAGUAGUGCUUCAGAUACCCUGCCCACUUUUUGUCACGGAGCACGUAUCCCGAGCUAUGGCAAUCUGGCCAAAACAGCUCACUUUCCUGCCGUGUGGGAUUUUGCAAAAGCAACGGCAAGUGCACUGUAUGAGGGAAAGAAUCUCAGAAGGACCAUUCGAGGGCUCGGACAUCGUCGCCAGGUUGUCAAGUCAACCUUAGCAGAUGUACUACUACUACAGUGGUACCUCGAGUUACAUAUGCUUCAGGUUACAUGUGCUUCAGGUUACAGACUCCGCUAACCCAGAAAUAGUGCUUCAGGUUAAGAACUUUGCUUCAGGAUGAGAACAGAAAUUGUGCUCCGGUGGCAGCAGGAGGCCCCAUUAGCUAAAGUGGUGCUUCAGGUUAAGAACAGUUUCAUGCUAAAGCUAUUUUGGGUCAUCUGCAUACCAUCCCUUGCUUUUUCAGUUGUUAACAGUCGCCAGCAGGUUGACCAUACCCACUGAAUCCUACUACCCUUUGGAGAAAAUCCCCAACCCACCCUCCCACUAUACAGUGGCACCUCGGGUUACAUACGCUUCAAGUUACAUACGCUUCAGGUUACAGACUCUGCUAACCCAGAAAUAGUGCUUCAGGUUAAUAAUAAUAAUAAUAAUAAAUUUUAUUUAUAUCCCGCCCUCCCCAGCCGAAGCCUUUGCCCACCCCAGCCGAAGAACUUUGCUUCAGGAAGAGAACUGAAAUUGUGCUCUGGUGGCAGCAGGAGGCCCCAUUAGCUAAAGUGGUGCUUCAGGUUAAGAACAGUUUCAGGUUAAGUAUGGACCUCCGGAACGAACUAAGUACUUAACCUGAGGUACCACGGUACUACUACUUUAUUACUUAAAGUACCCCACCCAUUUGACUGGAUUUCUCCAGCCACUCAGAGUGGCUUACAACAAGAGAUGAAAAACACAUUAAAACAUCAGCCAUUCAAAACUUCCAUAAACGUGCUUCUAAUGUUUGUGUUUUAGGUCCCGUGCAAUGGCAAGGCGGCUGACCGCAUUCACCAAGACGGCAUACAUAUCCUGAUCAACAUGAAUGGCUACACCAAAGGAGCCCGUAACGAGCUGUUUGCUCUCCGGCCGGCACCGAUCCAGGUAAAGGAAGUCACAGUGAAAUGUUCAUCAUACAGUGAUUUGAUUCUCAAAUUUCAUCUGUUCCGGAAGUCCAUUCCGAAACCAAAGCGUUCCCAAACCAAGGCGCGCUUUCCUAUAGAAAGGAAUGCAAAAGGGAUUAAUCCGUUCCAGACUUUGAAAAACAACCACUCAAACAGCCAUUGAACAUGAAUUUUAUUCUCUAACAAGACCAUUGAUCCAUCAAAUGAAAGCAAUCAUCAGUGUUCUGUACUAUAAAAUAAAUAAGACAGUAUGGUAGAUGAUAGAAUUUUUUAAAAACAAAUUCUUGCCUGCACUGAUGAUAGUCAUUGUUUGGAUGGGGGGGCUUCUAUCCGUUUCCGCAGUCACACCAUCCGUCUAUCCGUCAGUAGCUAUCCGUCCAUCCAUCCUUCUAUCCAUCUGUCCAUCAACAGCUAAAGCCAUUGUUUGGAUGGGGGGCUUCUAUCCGUUUCCGCAGUCACACGGUCCAUCCAUUGGUCUAUCCAUCAGUAGCUAAAGUCAUUGUUUGGAUGGGGGGCUUCUAUCCGUUUCCACAGUCACACAAUCAAUUCAUCAGUAGCUGAACUGGGUCCACACAGUCACAAAAACAAAUUGACCGAAGAACAGAAAUGCAAAAUAGCAACAACAAAAGCACCAAACUUAAUCUGUUCUGGAAGUCUGCUUGACUUUCCAAAAAAUGUUUGAAAACUGGAACGCUUCCAGGUUUUCAGAGUUUGAGAACCAAGGUACCACUGCAUGCCCAAAAUAUUCUUUACCGUAGUCGUAAGAUGUUAACGCUGUGAUGUUAAAAAAUGUGAUUAAGACAUUAAUAUUUACAACCAGAGGAAGGUUUCAUUUUUGGAAGAAUAAAUUUUCAGAGUGGUUUUGUCAGUCCUAUCAAAAAUGACUGAUUUGAUUCUAUUUGGACUGCUUUUCUGCUGUACUCGAUUGGAAGGAGAAAAAGACUCAUUCCCUUCAUACCAUUUAAACAAUUUAAGUACAGUGGUGCCCCGCAAGACGAAUGCCUCGCAAGACGGAAAACCCGCUAGACGAAAGGGUUUUCCGUUUUUGAGUUGCUUCGCAGGACGAAUUUCCCUAAGGGCUUGCUUUGCAAGACAAAAAUGUCUUGCGAGUCUUGAGAUUUUUUUUCGCUCCCCCCCCUUUUUCUAAGCCGCUAAGCCUUUAAUAGCCUUUUAGCAGCUAAUCUGCUAAGCCGAUAAGCCUUUAAUAGCCGCUAAACCGCUAAUAGCGCUAAGCCGCUAAUAGGGUUGUUUUGCAAGACGAAAAAACCGCUAGACGAAGACACUCGCGGAACGGAUUAAUUUCGUCUCGCGAGGCACCACUGUAAAAGAAUAGCAUUAUGGCAUAUGUAUCCAUGUUUGUUAACAGAUGUGGUUAAACAAUUUUUAAAAAACAACAAUUUAGGCUGAGUUUCUGCACACAUGGAAAACUUUAAACAAAUCCUUCUUUCACAAUGGCUUUCGAUGGAUCUUAAACAAAAAAUCUUUAGAAAGAUUUUUCCUCCCAAAGAACUUUAUUUUAAAAAUCUGCUUUAAAUUGAAAAAAUCCGAUUUAAGAAAAUCCUUAAUUAUGUGAUCAAUUAUCUUGUUUUAUGCGGCCUUUUUGUAGAUCUUGCCGAAAGACAUGGUCCUCUUUAAGAAGGUGGGGUGGUUUUUUUUUUUUUUUGGGCAAACUCUGGAUAUCUUGCCAGAGGCCUUCCUCUUAAAAAAGAGACUGCAUAAAUUUAACCCAAGCUUAAUUUUUGGCAAUUUAUAGAAGAAGAUUUGCACAUGGACAGUUCCUUUUUUGUCAAAUUAAGUGUAUGUAUAUUAUUUAUUCAUUUAGGUAGCCAAGUUGGUCUGACACAGUCAAAAUAUUAUUACUCAGUGUAUCUGAAGAAGUUUGUUCUUUAUAUUAUUUAUAUUAAUAUAUUAUAUUAUAUUAUAUUAUGUUAUAUUAUAUUAUAUUAUAUUACUUAUUUAUAUUAUUAUUCAGUGUAUCUGAAGAAGUGUGCACGUACACAAAAGCUUAUACCAAGAACAAACUUAAUUGGCUACUGGACACUCUCUCUCUAUAUAUAUGUAAUUCUUGAAUAAGUUUUUAUAAAAAAAGAAGCUCUGGAUAUCUUGCCUUGCUGCCUUAUUGUAUUUUAAUCUUUUGUUGGAAGCCGCCCAGAGUGGCUGGGAAAACCCAGCCAGAUAUGGGCAGUGUAGAAAUAAAUUAUUAUUAUUAUUAUUAUUAUUAUUAUUAUUAUUAAUUAACAACCCUCAUUUGUUUGCCUUCCAGGCAAUGUGGCUGGGCUACCCGGGAACCAGCGGGGCCUUAUUCAUGGAUUACAUUAUCACUGACCAGGAAACAUCCCCGGUGGAAGUGGCGGAGCAAUAUUCAGAAAAACUGGCUUACAUGCCCAAUACCUUCUUCAUUGGUGAUCACGCCAAUAUGUUCCCACACCUGAAGGUAUUUGGGGAGAGGUCUUUUUUUCUUGGAAAAAAGCCCAGAUCCAAAUUGCCGUGUUUUUCAGAUGCAUUAUAUGUCUUUCUUUCAGAAAAAAGCCGUCAUCGACUUCAAAUCGAAUGGUCACAUCUACGACAACCGGAUUGUUUUGAACGGUGUCGACCUGAAGGCAUUCCUCGACAGCCUGCCUGAUGUGAAAAUAGUGAAGGUCAGGAAAAUCCGGGCGUGUGUAGGUGGUUUUGGAGUCUAGCUCUCAAUAAUAAUAAUAGUAGUAGUAGUAGUAGUAGUAGUAGUAGUAAUAAUAAUAAACUUAUUUGUAUCCCGUCCGAAACCGGACUCAGGGCGGCUAGCAUCAAAUACAUCACAUUAGUAUAAAAUCAAACUAUUAUUAUUAUUAUUAUUAUUAUUAUUAUUAAUUUUUUACUGCAAAGUAAAUACAUCAAAACAAAAGCAUACGUAAAGAAUAAUAUCCAAUAAAACAGAAAGAAGGAAAAAGUAAAGGAGGAAAAGAAAAAAAAUGCAAAGAAAAGUAGAGUCAAAGAAUAAAGAAAAGCAUAUUUCAAUACAAUGAAUACUAUUUUGCAAAAUAAUAAUAAUAGACUUCCAUCACUCUCACAACCCUUCCUUUCACCUUUCAUAUUUUAUCUGUAUUUCAGUAUUAUUUUCAUCUGAAUAUAUAAAUGUGUAUAUAUGUAUAUUUCCCCUUUUCCAUUCACCAGGUCAUUCUAGACGCAGCCAAAUUUUUACAUUUGAACCUUGUCUUUCUAAGUAGUCAUUCAAGCAAUUCCAUUCCUCCUGGACUGUAUUCAUUGGCUUUAGUCUUAUUAUAUCCGUCCAUUUGGCCAGUUCCAAAUAUUCACAUAAUUUAUAUAGCCACUCCUCUUUGGUCAGUACCUGGUUACCCUUCCAGUACUUAGCCACUAGAAUUCUUGCCGCUGAUGUUGCAUACAGAAAAAAUUGAGUUUUUUCUUUUAGAAUAUCACUGUUCAAUAUUCCCAAAAGAUAUGUUUCUGGUCUUUUACUAUGUGAAGUUAUUAGUAACUUUUUAAAAAAUCAAAUAAUAAUGAAAUUACCUCCUAAACCAGGCUUCCUCAACCUUGGCCCACCUGCUGUUUUGGGACUACAAUUCCCAUCAUCCCUGACCUCUGGUCCAGUUAGCUAGGGAUCAUGGGAGUUGUAGUCCCAAAACAUUUGGAGGGCCGAGGUUGAGGAAGCCCGCCCUAAAAACAAGUCAGGAUCAAAUUGAAAUCGAAUUAGAUGGCUUUCUGCAGGCAGGAUGGAUAUAUCAUUGAUAAAGUCAAAUGAAUUAGAGUAGUAAAUAAGGAGAUGGAAUAUAAUGGAUUGUUAUAAUUACAUGCAAGAAAAGAGGGCAAAAUAUGGAAAUUGGGGUGGGGUGGGGAAAUCCAAGGGGUUUGUUUAAUCCCAGUAUUGUAUAUAUGGAAAAUGUUUGGAGUGCAUGGAAAUAAACAUAAAAGAUUGAAAAUAAGAAACUUGAAAGAAAAAAGAGAAAGCACGUUACAGUUGCAUCUCGGGUUACAGACACUUCAGGUUACAGACUCUGCUAACCUGGAAGUAGUACCUCGGGUUAAGAACUUUACCUCAGGAUGAGAACAGAAAUUGCGAGCCAGCGGCGUGGGGGCGGCGGGAGGCCCCAUCAGCUAAAGUGGUACCUCAGGUUAAGAACAGUUUCAGGUUAAGAAUGGACCUCAGGCGUGAAUUAAGUUCUUAACCCGAGGUACCACUGUAUCCACAAGAGAAGAGCUUUCCCACAGGCAUCGGACCAACACAUGAGGAGUAAUUAUUAUUAAUAAUAAUAAUAAUAAUAAUAAUAUAUUAUUUAUACCUCGCCCAUCUGACUGGGUUUCCCCAGCCACUCUGGGCAGCUUCCAAGAGGAGGAGGAGGAUGAUAAUAAAUUAUUUAUUCUCUGACUGGGUUUCCCUUCUAACAGGAUGAUAUUAUUAUUAUUAUGCCCAGCCACUCUGGGUGGCUUGCAGCAAAAGAUUAAAAUACAAUGAGGAGCCUUUUCAAUCUAUUUUUUCCCAUGGCUUUUAAAAUUGUGACAUCUUGCCAAAUGCAAGAUGGUUCUUUUAAAAUCACAGUGGUCCCUUGGUUCUCAAACUUCAUCCGUUCCGAAAGUCUGUUCCGAAACCAAGGCGUUCCAAAACCAAGGCACACUUUCCCACGGGAAGGAAUGCAAACGGGAUUAAUAACCCCCCCUCUCGGUUCAUUAUAUAUCAUUUCCCUUUUUUUAUAAUCACCUUGCAAUCUUCCCGCGUACGAUAGCUCUCUCCCCUCCCCACUUUAAAAUGCCUGAAACGCGGACACAAUAAAGCCACAAGAGGGGUUGCUGUGUUGAAAACCUGAUUGUAGCCGACUUUGUAGCAAAAUCCAUUUCACUUCUAAUGCAUGCUUCUAAUGCACAGGAGUGGCAGCGAGGUGGUGAACAUGGGGCUGGAUGGGCGGGGUGUAAAUGAUAAAUUAUCAUUAUUAUUCCAUUAUCUUGGCUUCCAGAUGAAAUGUCCGGACGGCGGGGACGAUGGCGCCGCUGGGCUCAGCAUGCCAGUCAUUCCCAUGAACACCAUUGCUGAAGCCGUGAUUGACAUGAUCAAUCGUGGGCAGAUUCAGAUCACCAUCAACGGAUUCAACAUCAGCAACGGGCUGGCAACGACUCAGGUGAGGAUUGGGUGUUAUUUCCCCAAUGUGUAUAGUCUUGCUUUUGGUUAUAUACAAUUGUGUUGGGUUAUUCUAGGCAUCCCCAACCUUCGGCCCUCCAGAUGUUUUGAACUACAGUUCCCAUCAUCCCUGACCACUGGUCCUGCUAGCUAGGGAUCAUGGGAGUUGUAGGCCAAAAACAUCUGGAGGGCCGCAGGUUGGGGGGGGUGCCUGGUUUAUUCAAACCCUGCCAAUGAGUCCAAUUCUUUAUGUUGCCCCUUCAUAUAUAUGUUGUAAAUGGUUCCCAUUCUCUUUUAAAGUCUUUUCUAUCCUUUUCAUGUAAUUUAUCUGUUAAUUUUGCCAGUUCUGCAUAUCCCAUAAGUUUCCCUUGCCAUUGUUCUUUCACUGGUAUUUCUUCCGUCUUCCAUGCUUGUGCUAAUAUAAUUCUUGCUGCUGUUGUUGCAUUGAUAAAUCAUUUCUAAUUUUCUUUUUCUAAAUCUUGAUCUAAAAUUCCUAGGAGGAAUGCUUCUGGUUUCUUAAGAAAAGUCUUUUUAAACAUUUUUUUUCUAAUUCAAUAUAUAUCAUUCCCCAUUUAUUUCUAACCCUUUUGCAUUCCCACCAUAUAUUAUAAAAUGUACGGGAUGGAGGGACUUUCGAGGAGCCAUGGGGCUGGGACUGCCCAGAAGCAGAAUCCGCCUGCAAUUCAACGAGAUGAUGAUGAUAAUUGAUUAAGGAAUGAAUGAAAGAAGAAUUUAUUAUGAUUUAUACCCCGCCCAUCCAGCUUGCACAGAACUUGCACAGCCCUGAGCCUCUGUUUCCAAAAAGCAAGCUUGACCUUCUGAGAGAGUCCUGGGAGAUUUGGCCCCCCAAAACAAGCUCAACAGCUUCAGCUUGGCCCCCUAAAGAAAGCCCAACAGCUCUGACCCCUUAAAAAAAAUCUCAGCAGCUUGGGCCCCCUAAGAAAAGCUGACUGCUGAAAACAUGGACAAUUCUGUAACUCAACCCCAGGAACAACAACUUUUACAUCCUAAGAAUGGUUGUGUUAUUACAGAGACAGAGGGAGAGCUGAUCAAAAUUUGUCCCCCACAAUGAAACCAAGCCAGUGACGGAUUGAGCAGCCGCAAUAUUUUCUCGUGGAAAAUAGCGGGUUGGGCCAACAAACGGGACGAGACAUUUUGUGAAUACAUAACGUGUUUUGAUGUGAUAACGUUGCAGGAAACCUGGGCAACUGACAACAUAGUCCUUGAUGGUUACUGUAUUUUUCGCCCUAUAGGACGCACCGGCCCAUAGGACGCACCUAGAUUUGGGGGGGGGUGGAAAUAAAGGGGGGGAAAUUAUCUCCCCCCCCAGGCGCGGGCUGGGGCAGGGGAAGCCCGAGCUUCCCCCAACACCAGCCCCCAGAACAGGACCCAGAGCGAUGCCGAAGCUGCGUGCAGCUUUGGCAUCGCUCUGGGAGCUUGCGGGGCUGGGGGCGGGGAAAGCGGAGCUUCCCCCGACCCCAGCCCCCAGAACGGGACCCAGAGCCAUGCUGAAGCUGCGUGCAGCUUUGGCAUCGCUCUGGGAGCUUGCGGGGCUGGGGGAGGGGGAAGCCCUCCGCCAGCCUUCUAACCAAGUCGGGGGACAGCAGGAAAGGCGCGCUGCGCCUCCCGCUGUCCCCCGAGUUUGCGGGGCUGGCGACGGGGAGGAGCAGGCUUCUCCCCCCCGCCAGCCUUCUAACCAAGUCGGGGGACAGCGGGAAAGGCGUGCUGCGCCUCCCCGCUGUCCCCCGAGCUUGUGGGGCUGGCGGUGGGGCUCUCCAGGCUUCAGCAAAAGCCUGCAUUCGCCCCAUAGGACGCACACACAUUUCCCCUUCAUUUUUGGAGGGGAAAAAGUGCGUCCCAUAGGGCGAAAAAUACGGUACUUUGCCUAUGAAAUUAAGGCCUCUAAACUGCACGAAAGGGGAAGCGGGGGGGGGGGGCGGCUAGUAACUCUGGUCUCCACUUCCUUGAUGUCACAGGUUACUGAGUGUUCAGUUCUCGAGCACCUGGCGCAGGGGAUCACCUUGCACUAUGAGUCCAGGAGUAUCGUCUCAGCUUACAUUCCACCAUACAAAGUGCAAGCACAGAUUGAGAGUACAUGGCGUAAAUUCCAUCGUUUCCUUUACUCUCUUCAAAUUAAGUACCUUCAAAUUAAGUACCUUUUUACAUAAUGGGAGACAUGAAUGCCAGACUAGGCUCAAAUGACGACUGCCUGGAAAUAAAAUUUCCAGUGUUAAGGAAACUAAAGGAAAACAGCCUUUUCUCCUUAAGCGCCCCCCCCCCCCCGUAGGUCUUCUAAAGACCACCAAAUCAACUAUGCUGGCUUUUGUCUGGCCUCUUUACAAAUAAGUCCUGACUUCAUGAUUGUUAACGGGGCACUACCGGGGGACAGAGGAGAGUUCAUAAAUUCUAAUGGAGGCUUUUAAAUUAAUCAAAAACUUCAAUAUCGAUAACAGGACUGAGAGUGAUCAUUUGCCUCUGAUCAUCUCCACUACAGUGGUACCUCGGGUUACAUAUGCUUCAGGUUACAUAUGCUUCAGGUUACAGACUCCGCUAACCCAGAAAUAUUACCUCGGGUUAAGAACUUUGCUUCAGGAUGAGAACAGAAAUCGCACAGCAGCGGGAGGCCCCAUUAGCUAAAGUGGUGCUUUAAGAACAGUUUCAGGUUAAGAACGCACCUCUGGAACGAAUUAAGUACUUAACCUGAGGUACCACUGUAUUGGCCAAAAUUCAAUUCAGUGCUCUCACAUAGAACAAGAGAAAAUUGAUAAAACUAAUGUUCCAGCAUUGUGUAGGAAAAAAUGGACACCUGAGCCGGCUACUGUAGCUAAGAUAUCAACAGAUUCUUCCCCGACUAAUAACGAUAAUCUCAUCGAGUUCUUGCAGGAUGUGGUCUCUGUUAACAUAAAUCCAGCCAGCAAGCCCCACAUUACUAAAGGGUGCAGAUGGUUCAACCAAGAGUGCCACGUGAAGAAAGCCUUAAGGAACUCUUAUUUGGCCUACAGAAACGCUGGCCUAAACUAUUUACCCCCAACCUAUUUCAAAAGUAAAAAAGAGUACAAAGCCCUUUUGGCUUUGAAAAAAAGGUAGUCUGAGCAAAACUCCUGGUGUCUCUUACUGAAUGCCUCGCUAAACAACGAAACAAAACUCUUCUGGAAACUAGUCUCUCCAGCCCCCAUCUGUGCCAUUCCAGCUCAGGUAUGGGAGAACCAUUUUAGAAAUAUAUUCACAGGAAAUUCAAAUCUCCCCGCCAGUUUUUAUGAUGAAGAUUCGGCAGAACUGUCACUGCUCCCACAAUGGAGCCCGGUUACAGUGGAAGAAGUCUAUACAUUAAUUGGGAACCUGAAGAGUGGUAAGGCCCCGGGAAAUGACUUUAUCCCAGCUGAAUUGAUAAUACCAAAUCAGCACUAGUGGGCUCCUCUCCUGGAGGCACUUUUUACUAUAGUAAAUAACUCUGGCAAAGUACCGUCUAGUUGGAAACAUACAAUAGUAGUCCCAAUUUUGAAGAGAGGCCAGCCAAACGUGCCUUCUAAUUAUCAGUCUGCUUUCAAUAAUAGGAAAGCUGUAUGCCCGUUUUCUCUGUAAUAAACUGACAAGUUUUCUAAAUGACUAUAACAUACUAUCUGAAGCUCAGGCAGCUUUCUGCAAGAACCACUCAACAUCAGACCACUGUCUAAUGCUGUCCCUCCUAGCCGAGAAGUACACCAGACCUCGACAGGGAAAACACUUUGUGGCCUUUAUGGACCUGAAAUUUGCCUUUUGACUCCAUCCCCAGAUUCCAACUAUGGGCCAAGUUACAUCUAGCACUGAAGGAUAAACGUCUCCUAUAUCUUACUAAAGCCCUGCACUGUGGAAGCAAUUUGCAGGUUAGGUGUGGGUUGCAGGGCCAGCUCUCGGACUGUAUUGAGAUGGCCAGGGGAAUGAGACAGGGAUGCAUUUUGGCCCCUACUUUGUUCAGUUUGUUUCUGAAUGACUUAGAGGCAAGCUUAAUGGACCCUGAUGGCCACGUUCCAAAAAUAGGGACGAGAAAGACCCCUCUCUUGUUGUAUGCGGAUGACGCGGCCAUCCUCUCCCGAACCAGACCUGGCCUGAACUAUCGACUAAGGAAACUCUGAGACUACUGGUAAUGGGUUAUCCAUCAGUUAUGAAAAAUCUAAAGUCCUGGUGUUUGAGAAGAGAUUCUCCCUGAGUAAAUAGGUACUGGACGGUCACAAACUAGAGCAGACCAAAUUCUUCCGGUACCUAGGGCUUCUGUUCCAUUAUUCCAAGUCCUGGAAACAUCAUUGGCAGACCGCCUAUCAAAAGGCGGAGGUAAGCAAACUGGCUAUACUUCAAUUCUUUUAUACAAGGGGAGGCCAUUAUGUUCCAUCAGCCAUUAAGGUAUUUAAUGCAAAAUCUGUCUCUCAACUCCUCUACGCCUCAAACGCCUGGUUCAAUGGCUCAUUCUCCAGGUUCAAUGGCUUCCAGGCAAAGUUUCUCCGGUCCAAAUUGUGUUCCAAAUGCAAUACUAUUUUUCAAAACAGGUAAAUGUCCUCUAUCAACUAAAGCAUGGUGGGCUGGCCUGAGAUACUAGCUCAAGAUCUGUGUCUUUGGCCUAGGGAAGGGCUUCCAUACCUUCCAUACCUAAACAACGAGGAGUUUGCCAGCUCAUAGAUGAAAAUGAUGGUUAGAAAAGCCACUUGGCUUGGUAGGCCACCUUCUCUCCUGUACCAUCUGGGCUAUGAUACUGCCUUUGAAUCUCUGAGGCAAAGCCUCUGGGACAUAUCACAUAGUGAUCUCCGAUCUCAAUCUCAUGUUAUCUGUGGCCCAUUAGAAGUAGGAAUUCACUAUGGGUUCGAGUUUCAGACACCUGCAUGUCUUAGAAAUUUGUCUGUACCAACAUACCGGCGUCUUUUCACCAAAGCCAGAUUAAAUGUAUUCCCAUCAGAAAUGUUAAGCGCCAGACUGAGAGGUGUUGUUGUUGUUGUUUAGUCGUGUCCGACUCUUCGUGACCCCAUGGACCAGAGCACACCAGGCACUUCUGUCUUCCACUGCCUCCCACAGUUUGGUCAAACUCAUGCUGGUAGCUUCGAGAACACUAUCCAACCAUCUCGUCCUCUGUCAUCCCCUUCUCCUUGUGCGCUCCAUCUUUCCCAACAUCAGGGUCUUUUCCAGGGAGUCUUCUCUUCUCAUGAGGUGGCCAAAGUAUUGGAGCCUCAGCUUCAGGAUCUGUCCUUCCAGUGAGCACUCAGGGCUGAUUUCCUUCAGAAUGGAUAGGUUUGAUCUUCUUGCAGUCCAUGGGACUCUCAAGAGUCUCCUCCAGCACCAUAAUUCAAAAGCAUCAAUUCUUUGGCGAUCAGCCUUCUUUAUGGUUCAGCUCUCACUUCCAUACAACGCUACUUGGUAAACCAUAGCUUUUACUAUAUGGACCUUUGUUGGCAAGGUGAAGUCUCUACUUUUUAAGAUGCUGUCUAGGUUUGUCAUUGCUUUUCUCCCAAGAAUCAGGCAUCUUUUAAUUUCGUUGCUGCUGUCACCAUCUGCAGUGAUCAUGGAGCCCAAGAAAGUAAAAUCUCUCACUGCCUCCAGACUGAGAGGUAUCCCUUAUCAAAAUAGGAUCUGUGUGUGCUCUCAGGACGUUGACUGCAUGAGGCAUAUUUUAUUGCAUUGCGAACAAUAUGAUCAAGCUAGGGAACUACAGUGGUGCCUCGCAAGACGAAAAGAAUCCGUUCUGGGAGUCUCUUCGUCUAGCGGUUUUUUCGUCUUGCGAAGCAAGCCCAUUGAUAGGAUUAGCGGAUUAGCGCUAUUAGCGGCUUUUAGCGGCUUUUAGCAGCUUUUAGCAGCUUAUCAGCUUAUCAGAUAAGCAGAUAAGCGGCUUAGCGACUUAGAAAAAGAGGGGGAAAAGGAAAAAAAAAACCCAGGAACUCGCAAGACAUUUUCGUCUUGCGAAGCAAGCCCAUUGCAGAUUCGUUUUGCGAGGCACCUCCAAAACGGAAAACUCUUUCGUCUAGCGAGUUUUCCGUCUUGCGAGGCAUUCGUCUUGCGGGGCACCACUGUACAGUGGUGCCUCGCAAGACGAAAUUAAUUCGUUCCGCGAGUUUUGUCGUCUUGCGAUUUUUUUCGUCUUUCGAAGCAUGGUGUCGGGAAAGCUUCAAAAAUCACCAAAGUCUUUAAAAACCUCAAAAAAGGCUACCACACCGCGUUCUAUGAGUUGCUCCUCGAAGUCAAGUCGCAACUGUAUUAACGGUGUUAAGAAAUAGGAAACAAACUUGCAAGACGUUUCUGUCUUGCGAAGCAAGCCCAUAGCGAAAAUCGUCUUGCGAAGCAGCUCAAAAAACAAAAAACCCUUUCGUCUAGCGAGUUUUUUGUCUUGCGAGGCAUUCGUCUUGCGAGGUACCACUGUAUAGAUUAAACCACUACUGGCAAAUCGGCUGGGUCAAUCUGAAGCCUACUAUAUCAAAUAUCUUCUGGACGACAAGUCCAAUGAUAUCACAGUGGCCGUGGCAAAGUUUCUUUCAGUAGUCAUACAAAUCAAAGAUCAACAUACCCAUGACUAAACAAAUAACGUUUCGGUCUCCCUUCUCUGGGGGGUUGUCUGUAUGAAUCUAUUUUAUUCUGAAUCCAUGUUAUGGGUCGUUGGACCGCAAUAAAGAUGAUGAUAAUAAAAAAGCCCAACAGCUUCAGCUCCCCAAAAAAAGCUCAACAGUUUGGCUCCCUAAAAUAAGGAGGAGGAGGAGAAGAAUUUUUAUUUGUACCCCACCCUCCCCGCCCAGAGCCAGGAUCAGAGUGGCUGCUAUCAUAUCAAUAAUACAAUGUCCAUAAAAAGAAGCAAUUGAUCAAUUAAAAUGCACCCCAAAAUUAAUUCAAAUAAAUUAAAGUUAAAAGGGGACAAAUGGCCGUCCUCAGGUUAAAAUGGAAAGUGGUUAAUACUCACCAGAACAAACUGUUUCCCCCAAUAUUAUAAGGACCUGUGAGCCUCCUUGUUAUUCUACAAAGAGAAAAUGAGACUAAAAAAAAAAGCUCCACAACUUCUGGUUGAUCCAAUGGGCAGUGUUUUGUUUUGUUUUGUUUUAAUAGUGGAAAUAGAUUUCAGUCCCUUGGAAGUUGGACAUGCCCGCUUUAAAUCUUUUAAGAGUUCAGUGUAAUCUAUAGCAACUUGGAUGCAAAUUAAAUAAAAAGGAGUGACUUCAUAAAAUAGCACCAUUCGCAAAUAACCAAAAUGCAGGGGGCUUGAAAAGGCCUAGUGUUGUUAUUCAAUGUUCCUCUUUUUAUUUCUAUACUGCUUUAUGUUUUUAAGGGGGGAAAUCCCAAAGCAGUUGAUGUUAAAACAUCAAAUUAAGCACUCCAGGAUAAAACAGCACGGAAUAAAGUCAGGUGUAAAGUAUUCCAGGUAGAGGGCCUUCUCAGUGCUGGCGCCCGCACUGUGGAACGCCCUCCCAUCAGAUGUCGAGGAAAUAAGCAACUAUCUGACUUUUAAAAGACAACUGAUGUUUUUAAAGUUUGAUGUUUUAUUCUGUUUUCGAUGUCCUGUUGAGAGUCGCCCAGAGUGGCUGGGUAAACCCAGCCAGAUGGACGGGGUAGAAAUAAUAAAUUAUUAUUGUUGUUAUUGUUACUGUUAUUGUUAUUAUUUAUCCACAGGCUCCUUCACAAGCACUUUCUCUGUGGGGAAGCUAAGUUACUAGCUAAGCUAUUAUUAUUAUUAUUAUUAAUAUUAUUACUUUUCAGAGGAGCAUAAUUAAUAUGAAUCUAAAACAUUAGCUUAAAGAUUUCAAAAUAAAACAUUACAAGAGAGGUCAAGUAUAGAUUGCACACAUUUAACGCAGCAAAGUUAAAAAAAUCUUAAGAUUUAAAACAAUAUCAUUACUGAAGUAGUCGAAUAUAAAGUGCAUAUUUAAAACAGCACGAUUGGCAAAAGAAUGAAAUAUCACCUGAAGCAUAACAGAGAUCUGCUGCUAAUACUGCCAGCGUUGGUUCAUGGUGAGCAGCAACUGUGGAACUGGGUCUGUGAUGAGAGACAGCCAAGAUAGUAACUUUUAAACAAAAGUUGUUUUAAAAAUCUUUUUGAUUUCAUUAUAGAUAAUUUCCCAAUAAUUCUUUAUAAUUUUGUAAUCCCACCCCAUCUGAAAAAUGUCCCUUUUAUUGUUUUGCAUUUCCAACCCUUGCUUUCCUUUGCUAAUUUAACUGGAGCUAAAUACCAUCUAGACAUCCUUUUCAUAUAAUUUUCUUUAACCGCCACACAUGCUGUCAAUUUUAUCUCAUCCUUCCAUCGUUUCCCCCAUUCCUCCAUCUGGAUAUUGUGUCCCAUCUCUUGUGCCCAUUUAAUCAUAACCGAUUUUUUUUUGAAAAAAUUAUUAUAUACAAGCAUACAAACAUACAUUUCAUACAAUCCUUAAAAGUGUUCAGAUAUACUUACACUCAAUCCCACAAAUAAUUCCUUUUCCCAUCACCAUCCACCACCCCUCACCCCACCUCUGUAUGUAACCCAUUUAGUGCCCAUAUUUAUCCCCCCCCCGCACUGUUGUUUCUAAUGUUUCUAAUAGGACACCAUCCUCUAUUUCCAAUAAGUAAAAGUUCUUGCCUAUUGAUUGGGUUCAUGUCCAAUCACCAAAGGCAGAAGUUGCCAGAGUGAAAUCAAUGAGAGACAGCCAAUAUGGUCAAUAAAUAAACGUUCUGGCCUAUUGAUUGGGUUCUGAUCUGACGCUGCAUAGUGUUGAGUCAAAGUUCUGCCCCUUGAGCUUCCUUCCGAUCUUUCCUUUCUGGCUUCUCUUUCAGAUCAACAACAAGGCGGCGACGGGUGAGGAGGUGCCACGCACCAUCAUUGUCACCACCCGCUCCCAGUACGGGCUGCCGGAGGACUCUGUCGUCUACUGCAACUUCAACCAGCUUUACAAGAUUGACCCAGCCACCCUGCAGAUGUGGGCCAAUGUGAGUAGCUCCCUGCGGCGAAUCAGAAGUCACACUGGGCGCCCACUUGGGAAGACCCAGUCCUCUGAGUGCAUGUUCUGGAAGCUGGGCAAUAGGGGCAGUACAGGAUUCCUUUUGGUGUACCGACCUCCCCGCUGCACCAAGAUUCCCUGGCCAAGCUGAUUCUGGUCGUGGUGGAUGUUCUCCUGGAGACCCUUAGUUUGGUUCCCCUCUGCAAGGAGGCGCAACUGAUUCGGAUGGUCCGCCCCUCCCACCUAAUGGAUCCAAAUGAUUUCCAGAGAGUGGUAGGGGGUGCUUUAUCCCAUGCUGAUGGCCUUUCAGCUGAUUCCCUGGGGGGCUGCUGGAAUGCGGAGUUAAUCAGGGCUAUCAACCGCCUGGCUCCGAAGCGCCCUCUCCGAUUACAUGGAGCCCGGACAGCCCCAUGGUUUCCCCCAGAGCUGAGGGUGAUGAAACAAUCGCUGAGACGGCUAGAGCGCCGGUGGCAGAAAACUCAUUCUGAAUCGGACCAGACACAGGUUAGAGCUCAACGUCGAGCCUACUGAGUGGUGACGGCGAAGAGGACUUACUUCACUGCCCCAUUGCAUCUGCAGAAAACAGCAGGAGGAGACUCAGGUGGUUCACAAUUUCACAGAACCACCUUUGCCACCGGGGCCUGGGAAAGACCCCAAGAUCUCCUGCAAUGGUUUUGGAAAGUUUUUUGCAGAUAAAGUUGCUCAGAUUCAGAAAGGGAUAGACUCCACUGUGGGAUCAGUGAUGGGGCGGGAGAGAGCUAAGAGUCCUGUCUAGUCGAGUUGUAUGAAUCAAUUCCAAUCUGUUCCACUCACUUGGACGAGUGAAACCAACCACCUGUCUCCUUGAUCCUUGCCCAUCCUGUCUCAUAAAAGCGAGCUGGGAAGAGCUAGGCAGUGGGAUCCACUGGGUGGCAAAUGCUUCCCUCUGUGAGGACCACUAAAAGAGGCAGUCAUUAAACCGCUUCUUAAAAAACAUAUUUGGACCCAGCCAAUAUGGCCAACUAUCGCCCAGUCUCAAAUCUUCCAUUCUUGGGCAAGGUGAUUGAGUGGGUGGUUGCAGAACAACUCCAGGCACGCCUGGAGGAUGCAGACCAUUUGGAUCCCUUCCAGUCGGGAUUCAGGCCUCAUCAUGGGACUGAAACUGCCUUGGUCGCGCCAAUCAAGGAUCUCCAGCGGGCUAGGGACAAAGGUGAAAACUGUUUCUCCUUGCCGAUGUAGACAGAUUCCUCUGAGCUGGAAGGCCCACCACUUGCCCCCUUGACCUGUGCCUGUCCUGGCUGAUUAGAGCAUGUCCAGACGAGGUGCAGCCCCCCGGGUGAGAUCAUCAAUCUGGCACAGGGACUUUCCCAGGGGAGUUGAAGGAAGCAAUGGUGUGUCUCCUCUUAAAGAAAACAUCUCUAGAUCCUUUAGAUCUAUCCAAUUACCACCCGGUUUCAAAUCUUCUGUACCUAGGUAGGGUAAUUGAGAGAGCGGUUACCGAACAUUUUGGUAGGUUUCUGGAUGAAACAUCCAGGAAGGGAGUUGUCGCUGCGGCACUCCUUGUUGUGUGGAGUGCCGCAGGGCACAAUCCUUUCCCCGAUGCUUUUCAAUAUCUUUAUGCACCCCCUUGCCCAGAUUGUCCAGAGUUUAGGGCUGAGUUGUCGUCAAUAUGCUGAUGACACCCAGCUUUAUCUGUCAAUGGGCGGCCACCCUGACUCGGCCCCAGACACACUGACCAGAUGCUUGGAAGCUGUGGCUGGGUGGCUGCGUGGGAGCCAGUUGGAAGUUAAAUCCUUCGAAGACAGAGGUCCUCUGACUGGGUCAGGACAACAUGGGGUUGGGGGGCCAACUCCCAUCUCUUGCGGGGGUGCAAUUAGUGCCAGAGCCUUCUGUCAAGAGCUUGGGUGUAACCUUCGAUGCCUCUCUUUCCAUGGAGGCGCAGGUUGCAGCCACAGCAAAGGUGGCAUUUUCCCACCUCCGCCGUAUUAAGGAAUUGGUUCCUUACCUUUCUCGCCCUGAUCUGGCCACAGUGAUCCAUGUGAUGGUCACCUCCAGGCUUGAUUAUUGUAACUCACUCUUCGCGGGGCUGCCCUUAAAGCUGACCCAGAAACUCCAGCAGGUGCAGAAUGCAAGGCUCCUUACGGGGUCCUCGCCGCAGGAUCACAUUCAGCCACUGCACUGGCUCCCGGUGGAGUACAGGGUCAGGUUUAAGGUGAUGGUUUUGACCUUUAAAGUCCUAUGUGGCCUAGAACCCUUGUACCUACAGGACCGCCUCUCCUGGUAUGCCCCGCAGAGGACCUUAAGGUCCACAAAUAACAACACUUUGGAGGUCCCGAGCCACAAGGUGGUUAGAUUGGUCUCAACUAGGGCCAGGGCCUUUUCAGCUCUAGCCCCGACUUGGUGGAACGCUCUGUCACAAGAGACCAGGGCCCUGCGGGAUUUGACAUCUUUCCGCAGGGCCUGCAAGAUGGAGCUGUUCCGCCUGGCCUUCGGCUUAGACUCACUCUGACAUCUUGUAUGGGAUUUGGCAUAUAAAUUUUCCCGUGGCUUUUUUGCUGGCCCAUGCUGGCCCAUCCAGCAUGGAUAGCUGGCUCGGGUGAAUAGCUGAUGUUUCCUCCCUUAUAGUCUUGAUUUAUGGGCUACUACUAAAAUGAGGCUGUAUUUUAAGCCGUAUUUUAAUUAAUUGGGGUUUUUUUUCUAUUACAUUUUAUUGUAAUUUAUAUUUGGUGUUAGCCGCCCUGAGCCUGGCCCUGGCCAAUGAGGGCGGGGUAUAAAUAAUUUUUUAUUAUUAUUUAUUGGUUCUGCUGCAUCUCUCGGCGGACUUUGAUACCAUCGACCAUAAUAUCCUUCUGGACUGUCUAGAGGGGCUGGGAGCUGGGGGCAAUGUUAUACAGUGGUUCUGCUCCUUCCUCCUGGGCUACAUCCAGAAAGUGGGGGGGGGGAUGAGCGUUCAGACCCCUGGGCUCUCACUUGUGGGGUGCCUCUUCCCCCAUGCUUUUUAACAUUGAUAUGAAUGCACCGGGAGAGAUCACCAGGGGAUUUGGGGCUGGGCGUUUCCAACAGUAUGCGGAUGAUACCCAGCUCUACCUCUCCUUCAUAUCUGAACCAGUGAAGGUCCUGUGUGAGUGUCUGGAGGCAGUUGGAGGAUGGAUGGUGGCUAACGGAUUGAGGUUGAAUCCUGACAAGACAGAAGUCCUGUUCUUGGGGGACAGGGGAGAGGCUGCUGUGGAGGACUCCCUGGUUCUGAACGGGGUAACUGUCCCUGAAGGACCAGGUACGCAGCCUGGGAGUCAUUUUGGACUCAGCUCUGUCCAUGGAGGCGCAGGUCCAUUCUGUGUCCAGGGCAGCUCCGUCUGGGAUGCAGGAUAAGACCCCACUUGAAGGAGCAUCUCCACCCUGGACUCCGGGGUCCCUCACCCAAGGUCCUUCUGGUGGUUCCCUCCCUGUGAGAAGUGAGGUUACAGGGAACCAGACAGAGGGCCUUCUCAGUGGUGGCUCCCUCUCCCAUCAGAUGUCAAAGAAAUAAACUAUCGGACUUUUAGGAGACAUCUGAAGGCAUCCCUCUUUAGGGAAGCUUUUAAUGUUUGAUGUUUUAUUCUGUUUAAUAUUCGGUUGGGAGCCACCCAGAAACCCGGCCGGAUGAGCGGGGUAGAAAUAAUAAAUUAUUAUUGUUAUUGUUAAUGUUAUUGCUAUUACUUGCAGAUUCUGAAACGUGUCCCAAACAGCGUCCUGUGGCUGCUGCGUUUCCCAGCUGUGGGGGAACCAAACAUCCAGCAGUAUGCGCAGAACAUGGGCCUCCCCCAGAACCGGAUCAUCUUCUCUCCGGUCGCCCCCAAAGAGGAGCAUGUGAGGAGGGGGCAGCUGGCCGACGUCUGCCUGGACACCCCCCUUUGCAAUGGCCACACCACCGGGAUGGAUGUCCUCUGGGCUGGAACCCCCAUGGUGACCAUGCCAGGUGAGAUGGCAGCUCGAGUCGAUAUUGUGAUGAUUACGAUGAUUAUGCAUAUUGUUCUGGUAUUGGGUGCCGAGACACGUUGCUUUGAGUUGGACCUGGGAUUCCCACCAGGGGGGUGUUCUGGGGGAUUGUCAGGAGGUUGGCCUAUGUAUCCCAAGGGCUUGGUUGUGAGCCAGAUGGUUACGCUAGUGGGAAGGAAGGAAGACUUGGGUUAUCCAGUUUGGGCAAUGGGCCCUUCUACUUGGGCGCUUCCGUUAAUCCACUAAGAAGAUGUUCCUCAACAACAGGGGUCUGCAAACUUUGUCGACAGGGAUUAGGGAUAGGGCUUAGGGUUAGAAAUAGGGAUAGGGGCUAGAGAUAGGAGUUAGGGAUAGAGGAUAGGCCAGGGGUCAGCAAACUUUUUCAGCAGGGGGCUGGUCCACUGUCCCUCAGACCUUGUGGGGGUCCGGAAUAUAUUUUGGAAAAAAGAAAUGAACAAAUUCCUAUUCCCCACAAAUCAUCCAGAGAUGCAUUUGAAAUAAAAGAACACAUUCUACUCGUGUCAAAAGACAUGUCCGCGGGCCGGAUUAAGAAGGCGAUUGGGCUGGAUCCAGCCCCUGGCACUUAGUUUGCUCAACAAGAUGAGGACAGACCAUGCUUGCAACGGAGCUUUGUAUGACCUGCUGCCCUCCGUUUUGCAGGGGAAACCCUUGCCUCACGCGUCGCUGCCUCCCAGCUCACUUGCCUCGGGUGCCCCGAGCUCAUCGCGAAGAGUCGACAGGAAUACGAAGACGUCGCCGUGAAACUGGGGACCGAUCCAGAAUAGUAAGUAGACAUGCAACUGGGGUUGGGAGAGGCCGCGGCGUUGGUUGUGCAGCUCACGAAACCCGAAGGUAGCAUUCAGCAUCGUGUUUCUUUGGAGAAAAAUCUUCCUAGAAUACAGUGGCACCUUGGUGCUCAAAAGCCUUGGCACUCAAACGACCCAGAAGCUAAACGCUGCAAACUCCCCAGCGUGUUCUUGUUUGUGGACUUUUUCCGGAAGCCAAACGUACUCCGUUUUGAGUGCCACGCUUCCGUUUGCAAAGAGCAGUUGCUAAAGACAGGCACUCAUUGAGACAUGCUCUUUGCAUACUCUAUUAUUAUUAUUAUUAUUAUUAUUAUUAUUAUUAUCAACAACAACAACAGUUUGCAAAGAGCAGGUGCUAAAGACAGGCGAAUUAUACGUGGAUAGUGCCGAGGGUGGACUGGCGAUUGGUUGUUGCUGCAAAAAACGGAAAAAUAAUACGGUAUAUAAGAUUUUAUGGACGUGCAUGAACACGUAUAUUAGAAAGGAACCAAGAGGGGGGAUUCCUUUUGGGAAUCGUAAAAUCCUUGUUUUACAGAAAGGUUCCACCUUGCUGGCGUCCUCUUAAUUUGGACAAUUGGAGGAAUGUUUCCUUUUUGCAAUAAUAAAUAUAUAAGUAUUGGAAUGGAACUGAGGGGGGAGCGGAGGGAGGUUGACCCCACCCAAAUUACCGUUUAAUUUGUUUGUGAUUUCCCCUGUUUUUUCCUUUUCUUUUCGGGAAAAUCAAUGAAAUGUUGAUUAAUAAAUGGAUUACUAUUAAUUAAUUAAUUAAUUAAUUAAUAAACGGACGUUUUUCUCACGUAGCCUGAAGAAGAUCCGCGGCAAGGUGUGGAAGCAGAGGAUAUCCAGCCCCCUCUUCAACACCAAGCAGUACACCCUGGAACUGGAGCGGCUCUACCUCCUGAUGUGGGACCACUUCUCCGCCGGCCACAAACCAGACCACAUCCUCAAGCCCGCCGAGACUGGGGAAUCAGCCUAAAGAUCCGGAGCCACGGAAUAUAAAUCCUUCAGGAUAUGUCCCUCCUUCCGGAGCAGAGGGAAGCGGGAGCCAAGGAUGUGAUUUGGGUGGCAACCGGUGACUCUAGUUCUUGCAUGACGGGGAGGCCAGCAAUUUCCGACCCCCUGAAAAAACCCUCUUUUUUGGAUCUUCUUGCCGCGGGGAGGCGUGAACGGAUGGUCAGUUGAUUCGGAUUUCCCAUGAACAAGUCUCUUUUCUUCCCCCCUCCCUUCCUACACAAAUCUGGAGCUUUUAAAGAUAACGUUGUUAAGAAUUCCUCUUGGUCCGUCAGUGGCUCUCUUUUAACAGCAUUUUAAGUCCGCAUCCUUCUUCCAAGGUUGAUGGAAGGGAUAAAUGCGCCGCAGCUUUUACGGGUUUUAUAAACCACUCAAACCAACAUCCGCUUUCUUAAUCUUGGACUUCUCUCUGGGGCUACUGUUGUUUGUUUUUUGCUUCAAUUUAUGCCGGGUCGACUGUGCAGAAAAAGGAAGCGCAAUUUAAGACCUAAAGUUUUGUUUCUUUCAGCUUCAAUUCACGCCGGGUUGAUUGCACGGAAAAAGCAAAUGCAAUUUAAGAUGUAAAGUUUUGGCUUUUUCAGCUUCAAUUCACACCGGGUUGACUGCGCCAAAAAAAUGCGUAAAGUGGGGGGGAGGAUAGCAACCCGGUGCCAAACCGUGCAUCGUUCCAGGGAGGCAUCAAAUUAUGUACAGAGGCGCAGGCCUGCACACCGCCAUCAAGGCUGAAAACUGAAUAGAAGAGCAUUGGUUUUUGCCCAGGUUGGCGCAUUCGGAUGUGCGCUUCUCAGUUGAUGGAACAAUUAUGUGCUGGGCCGCCGGCGCUUUGACUUUGUCAAGUGCAGCUCUUCCAGGUAAGUAUGGGUUUCCGCCUCCACUUCGGCAAGCUUUUUGGAAAUAUCACGGUCGAGCGCAAACCUCCUUUUUCACAUCCGAAGCAUCGCUGACCAGCUUUUAGCCCAUAAAAUGAUUGAUUGGAGGGCAAAGCUUGUAUCUGAUGGGUUGUUUUCCAAAUUGCUUCCCUGCCCAACGCCGAAAAGAUUAAGAGUGGUGCAUUUUCUGUGCUCGCGGUGGUGCUGCACAUGGAUCCGUGCCAAUAAUUUAUAUCUGUGGCCGGCCUCACGCGCCUUUUGUUAUAUUUCGAAUUUGAUCCUCAGGUACGUCGCCCUGAGCUGUGCUUAAACCUUUGCAGUUCCCUUUGGGCUUAAUAUGGGCUGGAUUAUAUCAAUUAUUUAUAUAUAGAUAUCAGCAAGAAGCAUUUAGUCGCCCGAGCCCUGGGGUCAACCCUUAAAUCUUUGCAGCGCCAGUUGCCUUUGUUUGGGCUUAAUAUGGGCUGGAUUGUAUAGAUGAUCUAUAUAUAGAUAAUAUCAGCAAGAAGCAUUUGUCCCGGGCCCUGAGGUGAAAUCUUCAAUCUUUGCAGCGCCAGUUCCCUUCAUUUGGGCUUAUUAUGGGCUGGGUUAUAUCGAUUCUCUAGAUAUAGAUAAUAAUAUUGACGAGAAGCAUUUAGUUGCCCCCGUGCCCGGCGCUUUCUUUUCAUGGCGAAGAAUUCUGAAUUUUGCCGCCGGUGGAGAAAGGCUACACAUCUCCUUGGGAGUAAACUAGGGAGUUGAGCUUUCGCUUUCGGUCCGGAGAUUAGGGAGUUGAGCUUUCACUUUCCGCCAGAAGAUGUCCUGGAAAGGUUAACCACUGUGUGUAGUUUUUAAAAAGGCGAGGGAAGAAGGGGUCUUUCCUCCCGUUGUGUUUCUUUCUGCUUGCUCACUGUAACGGCUUCUAUUUCCAGAUAAGUGUCGGACAAAUAAAAAUGAAAAUCACCGACUUGGAGCGUUUCUUCUGUUUUUUUUGGGCAAUA